CAAUAAUGAAGGUAUCCGAGAAACAACGCCAUUUUUGGGGUAGCUAGUCUGACAAUUGCAUUGUGUUAGCAACCUAAACAAAAAUUACUUGCAAUAAUGAGGGCAAUUGGGGAAUUUUGGGGGAGUAAGCCCAUAUAGUGCCGGCCGUUUACAUAAGGUGCCUUUGACCAGCGCAAGAUGUCCAGGUAAUAAAUAUAUUAACUCUCCAGCUGCCCGAGCAAGCUACUGUAGCUAAUCUGGCAAACCGUAGAUAGCUAACCUGACCUAGCUAGCUAGCUGAUUUGCUGCCUAGUUAGUUCUAACGUAGUCAGUCCUCACAUUCAAGCUACUAGUCCUACUUGAACUUGUGACAUUUACAUAAUUAGUACAGACAUCAAGAGAGACCUAGCUAUUUGUUUGACCAACGUUAUUGUUUGAUAUUUAUCUAACUAGGUAACGUUAACUUUACUGCUAGCUAGCUAGCUAUAAAUGAGUUCACACACGUACAUUAACGUUAGCAAACGACCUAGAUAGCUAGCUAAUUGUUUUGUCUAUGAUCUGGGCCCGGUUUCCCAACGGCAUCUGAAGGCUAACUUCAACGUUAGGACCAUAUAUGGUGAACUUAGCCUUAAGAUACUUUUGGGAAACUAAGCCCUGGUAUUCGUUAGGGUAGUUCUCUAAAAACCUUAGGGUUUAAACGCAACAAUUGCAAAGAUUUCAUUAGGCCCUAAUCUAAGGAUUUCACAUGACUGGGCAGGGGUGCAGCCAUGGGUGGGCCUGGGAGGGCAUAGGAAUCAUAAUUAGUUUAUCGCCACAAAAGGGCUUUACUACAGACAGAAAUGCGCCGGCCAGGUUGUGAGGCCGGUUGGACGGCAUAUGGUAGAGAUAUGAACAUUCAAUUCUCUGGCAACAGCUCUGUUGGACAUUCCUGCAGUCAGCAUGCCAAGUGUACGCUCCUUCAAUUUGAGACAACAGUGGCGUUGUUACAAAACUGCACAUUUUAGUGGCCUUUUAUUGUCCCCGGCACAAGGUACACCUGUGUAUUGAUCAUGCUGUUUAAUCAGCUUCUUGAUAUGCCACACCUGUCAGGUGGAUGGAUUAUCUUGGCAAAGGAGAAAUGCUCACUAACAGGAAUGUAAACAACAUUUCUGGGAUCUUUUAUUUCAGCUCAUGAAACAUGGGACCAACACUUUACAUGUUGCGUUUAUAUUUUUGUUCAGUAUACAAUUCCAACACUGUUUUAACGUUUAGAAAUGUCAAUCAUCUUUCAUAUCAGCCAGAAAUAAUCUUUCAAAUAAAAAAUAUACACUUACUGAAGCAGAUUUGUACGUGCCUCCAGUUGGCAAACAUCACUUCCUCACCAGUUACACUUACACAGGUGUUUGCGCUGAUAGCUAAUUGGCACAGGUGGUCGCCUCUGUGUACCUUCUGUAAACAAGUGCUGUAACAUGGAUAUUAGUCUGGGUAAUCAGGCUGUAAUACACAAUUAAUUGGUAUAUACGGCCUGAAGCUUGCAAAAUUGUACCUGUUCCUUACAAGCCAGAAUGAUUAAUAAAAUGACAUUUAAACUUAACCGAUUGUCUGUGCGGUUUUUCUUUUAAGUAUUGUUUACCUGACUUGUUACGGUUGGCAGCGAGGUAAAGUUAUUUUUACAUUGGAUAUUUGGUUUUCUCGUCAAUAGCUAUUGAACAAAGCAUACCGUGACAAUGAAAAUGGGAUAUUCUGAAUCUGGAGGAUGGAGAACAAUGCACACUUUUUUUGAAGAUUGAAAUCUGAAUAAAAUAAAUAAAAGAGAUUCACACCAUCCUCCCCUGAUUCAAGAGUUGGUAAACAAUACUUUCCUGUGGAUAUUUUGUCUCAGCAGCUGAAGGACAAACUGCACAGACAACCGGAGAGUGAGUUUAAAUGUAAUUUUAUUCAACAUUCUGGCUUGUAAGGAACAUUUUACAUGAUUUUGCAGGCAUUAGUUUCAGGCUGUAUAUACCAAUUAAUUGUGUAUUACAGCUUGAUUAAUCAGACUAAUAUCCAUGUUACAGCGCUUGUUUACAGAAGACUGAAAGUCUUCAGUGGGCAAAUGCUCACCUUCGAUGGCAACUGGCACGCUGGAGAAGUGUGCUCUUCACGGAUGAAUCCCUGUUUCAACUGUACCGGGCAGAUGGCAGACAGUGUAAGUAUGGCGUCGUGUGGGCGAGCGGUUUGCUGAUGUCAACGUUAAGAACAGAGUGACCCAUGGUGGGGUUAUGGUAUGGGCAGGCAUAAGCUACGGACAACGAACACAAUUACAUUUUAUAGAUGGCAAUUUGAAUGCACAGAGAUACCGUGACGAGAUCCUGAGGCCCAUUGUCGUGCCAUUCAUCCAUCGCCAUCACCUCAUGUUUCAGCAUGAUAAUGUAUGGCCCCAUGUCGCAAGGAUCUGUACACAAUUCCUGGAAGCUGAAAAUGUCCCAGUUAUUCCAUGGCCUGCAUACUCACCAGACAUGUCACCCAUUUGAGCAUGUUUGGGAUGCUCUUGAUCGACGUGUACGACAGCGUGUUCCAGCAACUUUGUGGGACAAUAUUCCACAGGCCACAAUCAACAGCCUGAUCAACUCUAUGCGAAGGAGAUGUGUCGCGCUGCAUGAGGCAAAUGGUGGUCACACCAGAUACGGACUGGUUUUCUGAUCCACGCCCCUACCUUUGAUUUUAAGGUAUCUAUUACCAGUCAUGUGAAAUCCAUAUAUUAGUGCCUAAUUUAUUUAUUUAAAUUGACUGAUUUCCUUAUGAACUGUAAAAUCAUUGAAAUUGUUGCAUGUUGCAUUUAUAUUUUUGUUUAGUGUAAUUAAAAUGAUACAAAUAUCAAAGCAAAAAUGCAACUAAUGCUAAAGCACCAGCCUCUGCCAUAUGGACACAUUGAUACAUUGGCGGUUAAAUAGCCUAAAUGACCGCAUGGAACUCAGAGAUGGCCAAUGCAGCCGUUGGCCUAUAACUUCCAUUGUCAACUAAUCAAAAUGCAGAAAGCCGACAUAAAAACAGUAGAAAAUAUACUGAUGAAAAUUCUGGUUCUUUCAAUCACAUUCAUCUCUCUACUCGGCAUGUCUGCCUUCCUUUCUAGCUCUUUACUUGAGCUAUCCUAGUAAAGUGCAACAUUGUAUCAAAUCAAUAAACUGGAUCUGGCAUGAAGUUGUCUCCAGUGAACUUGCAAUAUUGUAUCAACUAGCCUAUUCCAGGCCCUCAGUUUCCUGCACCAGUGAGCUUGGGACAGACAGCUGUUUUUGUGCAAGGGAAAGGUAUUUUAUGAUGUUUCCACUGGAUAUAUAUAUAUAUAUACAAUCAUCGGAUGAUGAUAUUUUGCUCUUUCACACCAGGCUUGGUGAUUAUCGAGAGGGAGAGAUUAUUGGAAAGUUUUGUCAGAUAGGCCUACUGUGUGGAACGAUUAGACUGUCAUGGAUGUAAAAACAAAAAGGUGAAGAAAAAAUGACUGAGAAGCUCAGCUUAUUAGUGGUGGACGUAGUGACAGACAAUCAGAAAUCAAACAUCUCCAAAUGGGCACUUUCCUACAUUUGCGCGCAGCAGGCCAGCUAGGCUAAUUCUUGCGUGCUCAGGCGCGCGCUCCCUCAAAAUUAGCAAGACCGAGAAACCAGACCCAUGCUCAUUGCUCACAUGGAGCACUCCAAACAAAAGACAAUGAAAAAAUGGACAACUCGUAAAUGAAGGUUAUGAAAUAAACCAAAACGUGUUUCUCACAAGUGUAGCAGGUUGUGCACUCUGCAAACAAUGUUUCCACUCCGAGAAUGAGAGCAGUAAAUGACUAUGCCUAAUUAGUAAUACAAUGCCUUAACAGAAAUUAAUGCAACCAAAUGACAGGGACUAAUGGUACAUAUUUUUAUGUCACCAGUUUACUACUGGUGACAUAUGUAAUGGGGAAUAGUUAAAAUGAGCAAUCAAAGGGCAAACAAUUCACAUAAAAUAAUACAUGCGGAAGAAUUGGCGGGAGACCGCUGACUGGAUUCUGGAGAGCUGAGUGCAUGCAUUCUGGAGAGAGAUGCGCCUAUAGGCUGUCUUCGCCACACACCCCUUGUCUCAAAAUUUAAAAUUAUACUCCAGACACAUUAUCUUCACACACAUUUUAGAUACUUUUCACUGACAGCCGCAACUCAAUAAUAAGCUAGGCCUUUUGCCACGCGCUGCCUAUGAAAGAAUUCCUCAUAUGCCAUUUUUCUCCUGUUUUAUUGGUUUUCGUAUAAACUUUAUUUCGUUGUCCAGAAGCCAAAUGCACAAUCCUAGUCUUAUUAGCAACCAUCCUAGUUAUUGCAUAUUUACAUUCACCCUCUUUCUAAGCUUCUAACUGAGAUUUUCAUCUAUGUCAUAUACAGCUCGCAUUAGGUGCGCUGUUUAGAAUGGUGUUUUUUCCUGUGAAUUGCAUUUUGGCAAAUGUUUGAAAAUGAUGUUUUAUUGGCUGCUUCAUUACAGGAGUUACAUGUUUUGUUAAGAUGAGUUACCAUAAUCUAUACUGAACAAAAAUAAACGCAACAUGUAAAGUGUUGGUUUCAUGAGCUGAAAUAAAAGAUCCCAUACAUUUUCCAAACAAACAAAAAGCUUAUUUCUCUAAAAUGUUGUGCACAAAUUUGUUUACAUCCCUGUUAGUGAGCAUUUCUCCUUAGCCAAGAUAAUCCAUCCACCUGACAGGUGUGGCAAAUCAAGAAGCUGAUUAAACAGCAUGAUCAUUACACAGGUGCACCUUGUGCUGGGGACAAUAAAAGGCCACUAAAAUGUGCAGUUUUGUGUCACAACGCCACAGAUGUCUCAUGUUUUGAGGGAGCGUGCAAUUGGAAUGCUGACUGCAGGAAUGUCCACCAGAGCUGUUGCCAGAGAAUUGAAUGUUCCAUUUAUCUACCAUAAGCCUCCUCCGUUGUUUUAGAGAAUUUGUGAGUACUUCCAACCGGCCUCACAACCGCAGACUACUUGUAACCACGCCAGUAAAGGACCUCCACAUCCGGCUUCUUCACCUGCAGGAUCGUCUGAGACCAGCCACCCGGACAUCUGAUGAAACUGAGGAGUAUUUCCUUCUGUAAUAAAGCCCUUUUGUGGGGAAAAACUCAUUCUGAUUGGCUGGUCUUGGCUCCCCAGUGGGUGGGCCUAUGUCCUCCCAGGCCACCCAUGGUUGCACCCCUGCCCAGUCAUGUGAAAUCCAUAGAUCAAGGCCUAAUUUAUUUAAAUUGACUGAUUUCCUUAUAUGAACUGUAACUCAGUAAAAUGUUUAUAUUUUUGUUCAGUAUAAAUGUGAUUUCUGUCAUUCUGAGCACCGUGGGUGGACACCCUAAUGGGUUACACACCCAAUGCAUAAGUGUCUGGUAAUUUUCUCAAAUGGCCGGUAAAUUAAAAUCUUCCUGGUCACGUUGUCCACCGCCACAUUUUCCUAACGGAAAUCCUGCUUCAUGGAGAUAUGGCUGUGUGGAAACACUAACCCUAUAAAGGUGUGUAGUAAUUUAAAGGUGCUACACAGGAUAUUUUUGAAUUUUUAUUUCAAAAAAUGUCCAGAAUAUAACUAGUGCUAAUAGUGGAAUGAUAGUGUUUCACAUUAUUACUUACCCACCAUAGUUGUGAUUGGCUGUGAUAUUCGCCUAUUGAUUUCUUCCGCCGGAGCGGCAUCUGUUGUCAAACUGGGAAAGCUGUUUUGACUUUGUGGAUGUGUUAUUUAGUGGAAAUCUCACAUUUUCUGGUUGCUAAAGUUCUACACUGUCAAUUUCAGUUAGAGAAAACAAGCACUGGAUAAUGUAGGGAGUCAUUGUACCAUUUAAAUCGCUGUGAAAUACACUACAUGACAAAAGUAUGUGGACACCUGCUUGUCAAACAUCUCAUUCUAAAAUCAAGGCAUUAAUAUGGAGUUGAUUCCCCCCCCCCCUCCUUUUCUGCUAUAACAGCCUUCACUCUUCUGGGAUGGCUUUCCUCUAGAUGUUGAGACAUUGUUGCGUGGACUUGCUUCCAUUCAGCCACGAGCGUUAGUGAGGUUAGGCGAUUAGGCCUGGCUUGCAGUCGGCGUUCCAAUUCAUCCCAAAGGUGUUCGAUGGGGUUGAGUUCAGGGCUCUGUGCAGGCCAGUCAAGUUCUUCCACACCGAUCUCUACAAACCAUUUCUGUAUGGACCUCGCUUUGUGCAUGGGGGCAUUAUCAUGCUGAAACAGGAAAGGGCCCUUCCCCAAACUGUUGCCACAAAGUUGGAAGCGCAGAAGCAUCUAGAAUGUAAUUGUAUGCUGUACCGUUAAGAUGUCCCUUCACUGGAACAAAGGGACCUAGCCCGAACCAUGAAAAACAGCCCCAGACCAUUAUUCCUCCUCCACCAAACUUUACAAUUGGGGCAGGUAGCGUUCUCCUGGCAUCCGCCAAACCCAGAUUCGUCCGUUGGACUGCCAGAUGUUGAAGCGUGAUUCAUCACUCCAGAGAACGCGUUUCCACUGCUCCAGAGUACAAUGGCUGUGAGCUUUACACCACUCCAGCCGAAACUUGGAAUCGCGCCUGGUGAUCUUAGGCUUGUGUGUGGCUGCUCGGCCAUGAUCUUGUGCUGACGUUGCUUCCAGAGGUAGUUCGGAACUCCGUAGUGAGUGUUGCAACCAAGGACAGACAAUUUUUACGCUCUGCGCACUUCAGCAAUCGGUGGUCCCGUUCUCUGAGCUUGUGUGGCCUACCACUUCACGGCUGAACCGUUGUUGCUCCUAGACAUUUCCACUUCACAAUAACAGCACUUACAGUUGAUUGGGGCAGCUCUAGCAGGGCAGACAUUUUACGAUCUGACUUGUUGUAAAGGUAGGAAUCCUAUGACGGUGCCACGUUGAAAGUCACUAAGCUGGCCAAUCUACUGCCAAUGUUCGUCUAUGGAGAUUGCAUGGCUGUGUGCUCGAUUUUAUACACCUGUCAGCAACGGGGUGUGGCUGAAAUGGCCAAAUCCACUAAUUUGAAGGGGUGUCCAGAUACUUUUGUAUAUACAGUGCAUUCGGAAAGUAUUCAGACCAUUUUACUUUUUCCACAUUUUGUUACAUUACAGCCUUAUUCUAAAAUUUAUUAAAUAGUUUUUUCCCCUCAUCAAUCUACACACAAUACCCCAUAAUGACAAAGCAAAAAUAGGUUUUUAGAAUUGUUUGAAAAUGUAUUGAAAAUAAAUAACUGAUAUCACAUUUAAGUAUUCAGACCCUUUACUCAGUACUUUGUUGAAGCGCCUUUGGCAGCGAUUACAGCCUUGAGUCUUCUUGGGUAUGACGCUACAAGCUUGGCACACCUGUAUUUGGGGAGUUUCUCCCAUUCUUCUCUGCAGAUCCUCUCAAGCUCUGUCAGGUUGGUUGGGGAGUGUCGCUGCACAGCUAUUUUAGGUCUCUCCAGAGAUGUUCAAGUCCGGGCUCUGGCUGGGCCACUCAAUGACAUUCAGAGACUUGUCCCGAAGCCACUCCUGCGUUGUCUUGGCUGUGUGCUUAGGGUCGUUGUCCUGUUGGAAGGUGAACCUUCGCCCCCAGUCUGAGGUCCUGAGCGCUCUGGAGCAGGUUUUUAUCAAGGAUCUCUCUGUGCUUUGCUCCUUUCAUCUUUCCCUCGAUCCUGACAAGUCUCCCAGUCCCUGCCGCUGAAAAACAUACCCACAGCAUGAUGCUGCCACCACCAUGCUUCAUUGUAGGGAUGGUGCCAGGUUUCCUCCAGACGUGACGCUUGGCAUUCAGGCCAAAGAGUUCAAUCUUGGUUUCAUCAAACCAGAGAAUCUUGUUUCUCAUGGUCUGAGAGUCCUUUAGGUGCCUUUUGGCAAACUCCAUGUGGGCUGUCAUGUGCCUUUUACAGAGGAGUGGCUUCCGUCUGGCCACUCUUCCAUAAAGGCCUGAUUUGGUGGAGUACUGCAGAGAUGGUUGUCCUUCUUGAAUGUUCUCCCAUCUCCACAAAGGAACUCUGGAGCUCUAUCAGAGUGACCAUUGGGGUCUUGGUCACCUCCAUGACCAAGGUUCUUCUCCCCCGAUUGCUCAGUUUAGCCAGGCGGCCAGCUCUAGGAAGAGUCUUGGUGGUUCCAAACUUUUUCCAUUUAAGAAUGAUGGAGGCCACUGUGUUCUUGGGGACCUCCAAUGCUGCAGAAAUGUUUUGGUACCCUUCCCCAGAUCUGUGCCAUCGACACAAUCCUGUCUCGGAUCUCUAUGGACAAUUCCUUCAACCUCAUGGCUUGGUCAUGCAGUGUCAACUGUGGGACCUUUAUAUAGACAGGUGUGUGCCUUUCCAAAUCAUGUCCAAUCAAUUGAAUUUACCACAGGUGGACUCCAAUCAAGUUGUAGAAACAUCUCAAGGAUGAUCAAUGGAAACAGGAUGCACCUGAGCUCAAUUCCGAGUCUCAUAGCAAAGGGUUGGAAUACUUAUGUAAAUAAGAUAUUUCUGUUUUGAAUUAAUACAUUUCCAAAAAUUUAUAAAAACCUGUUUUCGCUUUGUCAUUAUGGGGUACUGUGUGUAGAUUGAGGAUAAAAAACAACAUCCAUUUUAGAAUAAGGCUGUAACAUAACAAAAUGUGGAAAAAGUCAAGGGGUCUGAAUACUUUCCGAAUGCACUGUAAAGUGUAUCUUAUCAAUAACAAAAUAUAUUGCGUUUGAAGCUGGUGGACCAAAACCGAAAGUAACCAGCUUCAAACAGUUGUAACAAAUUGGGGUUUGUUAUUGAAAAUAUAUUUCACAGCGAUUUAGAUGGUACAAUGAUUCACUACACUAUUCAGUGCUUGUUUUAACACACAAACUGAAAUUGAGUGAACAGUGUAGAAUUUCAGCAACCAGGAAAUGACAGAGCGAUUUCCACUAGAUAACACAGUCACAAAGGCAGAACAGCUUCCCAGUUUGACAAUAGAUGCCAUUCCGGCAGGAGAAAUCAAUAAGCGAAUAUCACAGCCAAUCACAACACUGGCGAUUUAAGUAAUACUGUGAAACACUAGCGCCAGAUAUAUUUUGGACAUUUUCUGAAAUUACAAUGCAAAAAUGCUAAGGAAUCCUAUGAGUUGUACCUUUUUUAAAUUUUUUGUUAAUUCUUUCUCGCUGAUAUGAAAUAUACGUUCCUUAUGUUUCCAAAACUGUACCGCAAGCAAUACGCGUUAACGUUUAGAACAAGCGUUGGGGCUCUUAACAAAAUUAUUCUGGGAAGAAAAUACCUUCAUCAAUAGGCGCUUAAGGUAGUUAACGUCUAUGAAUGGGUUAGCAUUAGGGUAGAAUAGCUAGCUAGCCUAUUGAAUCAUGAUAAUAACUGUUCCUGAAGAAUAGGGACAGAUAAGGACAAGGACAGAUAUGUUCACAUCAUACCGGUAGCUAUGGCAUAUAUCCACAUACUUUUAACUUUGGUUAGGAAUUUAAACAAAGGUGUAUAGCUUUCUAGAAAGAAACUCACAUGAGGUAUGCUGGAUUUCUAUUAAUUUGGCUGUCAUUCCUCUUAGCAUUCCUCCUGGCACGAGCAAGCUCAAUGUGUUGGUGACCAAACUGCAUGAGUUCUUGACUCAUGCUCCAGAAGAAGAUGAUGACACACUGGUGACUGAAAGUCCUGAUGGUGAGAACUGUAAUAAGUGAAACUUUAACUCAGUAGGCAUGGUGGGGUUGUCUGGCCAAUAUUUGUAGUGACUCACAAUACUGUCUGCUGAUUUGAAUUCACAGGUAUAACAAACAAGGACUGUGUGGAGCCACACUCAACAGACCGAACCUCUCUUGAGGUAUUGACAUGAGAAAUAUCAGUAUUGGCUGUUCUAGACCAAAGAGUAUUUAAUAUUGAUGUAGAUCUAGACGAUCUAGUUAUUACAUUUUUCUUGUUGAAUACAGCCUCAACAGACAUUAACAGAUGCCUUGAAGCAGUAUGGAUGUGGUUCCAGGAGGUGGGCUUUCUUCUGAUAUUUUGAAACGUGAUAGUUGAUGUACAUGUUUAUGGACAGGAAAAACACAUUGUUUAUCCUCUAAUGCAGAUGUUUUCAAACUUUUCCUUUGGGACCCCAAGCCAUUCCAUGUAUUUGAACUAUUCCUGAGUUAGCACACCCAAUUCAACUUGUCAUGUAAUUAGACGCCCUUGUUGAGGUGAAUCAGGUGAGCUAGUUCAGGGCUACAACAAAAUUGUGAAAUGUCUGGGGGUCACUGAGGAGGUUUGAAAAACCACUGCUCUAAUCAAUGUUACUUGUAUUACAGAAAACCUUCAGUUGUAAUUAAACACAGUGGACUGGAUGAAUCUGGUGCUUCAAAUGAAAGUGAUGAUGACUGCUUGAUCAUCAAUUCAAACGGUUAUCCUGAUGUAACAAGAUUACCGAAAGGUUAUUUUUUUCUGCUACUUCUUUCAACUCUACUGUAAGGAGAUAUUAACAAUGGAAAUGAAUAUUGAAUGACUGCAUUUAUCAACAGAAAAUGCCUUGGUUUUCAUGCGUGUGUUUUUACAUGUCUUAUGCACAAAGGCACUGUACUGGUGAGGCCUGAGCCGGUGGAAAAUGUCAGAGAUGACUUCAGAGGUCCAGAAUUCCAUUGCGGAAAAUCUGGUAAUCUGAGGAGAGUUUUUUCCAGGAGACGUGGAGGUGAGCUUUCAUGAAUGAAUAUGAAAAUGCAUAUCCUCUUCCCUAAAAUAGUGUGCCGCAGAAUGAAAAUGAAUGCAUGUUUGUAAUCAAUCAAUCAAAUUGAUUUAUAAAGCCCUUUGUACAUCAGCAGAUGUCACAAAGUGCUAUACAGAAACCCAGCCUAAAACCCCAAAUGGCAAGCAAUGCAGAUGUAGAAGCACGGUGGCGAGGAAAAACUCCCUAGAAAGGCAGGAACCUAGGAAGAAACCUAGAGGAACCACGCUCUGAGGGGUGGCCAGUCCUCUUCUGGCUGUGCCGGGUGGAGAUUAUAAGAGUUACAUGGCCAUUUAAGGCCAGAUUGUUCUUCAAGAUGUUCAAACGUUCAUAGAUGACCAGCAGGGUCAAAUAAUAAUCACAGUGGUUGUACAGGGUGCAACAGGUCAGUACCUCAGAAUAAAUGUCAGUUGGCUUUUCAUAGCCAAGCAUUCAGAGGUCGAGACAGCAGGUGCGGUAGAGAGCGAGAAAGUUGAAAACAGCAGGUCCGGGACAAGGUAGCACGUCCGGUGAACAGGUCAGGAUUCCAUAGCCGCAGGCAGAACAGUUGAAACUGGAGCAGCAGCAUGACCAGGUGGACUGGGGACAGCCAGGAGUCUUCAGGCAAGGUAGUCCCGAGCCAUGGUCCUAAGGCUCAGGUCCUCCGGGAGGGGAGAUGGAGAAUUAGAGGGAGCAUACUUAAAUUCACACAGGACACCAGAUAAGACAGGAGAAUUACCCCAGAUAUAAGACUGACCCUAGCCCCCCGGUACAUAGACUAUUGCAGCAUAGAUACUGGAGGCAGAGACGGGCCAACCAGGCAGGAUAUAACCCCACCCACUUUGCCAAAGCACAACCCCCACACCACUACAGGGAUAUCAACAGUCCACCAACUUACUACCCUGAGACAAGGCUGAGUAUAGCCCACAAAGAUCUCCUCCACCGCACGGGACCAAGGGGGUGCAAAACCGGACAGGAAGAUCACGUCAGUGACUCAACACACUCAAUUGACGCACUUUUCCUAGGGACUGCAUGGAAGAGCACUAGUAAGCCAGUGACUCAGCCCCCUGUAAUAGGGUCAGAGAAUCCCAGUGGAGAGAAGGUAGCCAGCUAGGCAGAGACAGAAAGGGCGGUCCGUCGCUCCAGUGCCUUGCCGUUCACCUUCGCACCCCUGGGCCAGGUUAGCGUUGUAGGUUAGCAGUAAAACCUUAAAAUCAGCCCUAGCCUUAACAGGAAGCCAGUGUAGAGAGACUAGCACUGUUGUAAUAUUAUCUUUUUUUUGGUUCUAGUCAAGAUUCUAGCAGCCUUGUUUAGCACUAACUGAGGUUUAUUUAGUGCUUUAGCUGGGUAGCCGGAGAGUAGAGCAUUGCAGAAGUGACAAAAGCAUGGAUUAGCUUUUCUGCAUAAUUUUUUACGAAAAGUUUCUGAUUUUUGCAAUGUUACUAAGAUGGAAAAAAGCUGUCCUUGAAAUAUUCUUGAUACGUUCGUCAAAAGAGCGAUCAGGGUCCAGAGUAACGCCGAGGUCCUUCAGUUUUAAUUGAGACAACUGUAUAACCAUCAAGAUUAAUUGUCGUAUCCAACAGCAGAUCUCUUUGUUUCUUGGGACCUAGAACAAGCAUCUCUGUUUUGUCAGAGUUUAAAAGUAAAACAUUUGGCGCCAUCCACUUCCUUAUGUCUAAAACACAGGCUUCCAGGGAAGGCAAUUUUGGGGCUUCACCAUGUUUCGUCGAAAUGUACAGCUGUGUGUCGUCCGCAUAGCAGUGAAAGUUGACAUUGUGUUUCCGAAUGGCAUCACCAGGAGGUAGUGAAAACAAUAGUGGUCUUAAAACGGAACCUUGAGCAACACCGAAACUUACAAUUGAUUUGUCAGAGGACAAACCAUCCACAGAGACGAGCUGAUAUCUUUCCGACAGAUAAGAUCUAAACCAGGCAAGAACUUGUCCGUGUAGACCAAUUAGGGUUUCCAAUCUCUCAAAAAGAAUGUGGUGAUGGUAGAGCAUGGCGCUUGCAACGCCAGGGUUGUGGGUUCGUUUUCCCACGGGGGGCCAGUAUGAAAAUGUAUGCACUCUGGAUAAGAGCGUCUGCUAAAUGACUAAAAUGUAAAAUGUCUAGGAGCAUGAGGACAGAUGCAGAGCCUUGUUCUGACGCUAUUAAAAGGUAAUUUACCACCUUCAUGAGUGCAGUCUCAGUGCUAUGAUGGGGUUGAAAACCAGACUGAAGUGUUUCGUAUACAGUGCCUUCGGGAAAGUAUUCGGCCCCCUUGACUUUUUCAAAAUGUUGUUACGUUACAGCCUUAUUCUAAACAUAAAAUCUACACACAAUACCCCAUAAUGAUGAAGCAAAAACAGGUUUUUAGAAAUUUUAGCAGAUUUAUAAAAAAACAAAAACGGAAAUAGUACAUUUACAUAAGUAUUCAGACCCUUUACUCAGUACUUUGUUGAAGCACCUUUGGCAGCCAUUACAGCCUCGAGUCUUCUUGGGUAUGACGCGACAAGCUUGGCACACCUGAAUUUGGGGAGUUUCUCCCAUUUUUCUCUGCAGAUCAGCUCAAGCUCUCUCAGGUUGGAUGGGGAGCGUCGCUGCACAGCUAUUUUCUCUCCAGUCUCUCCAGAGCUGUUCGAUCGGGUUCAAGUCCGGGCUCUGGCUGGGCCACUCAAGGACAUUCAGAAACUUGUCCCGAAGUGUUAAGAGAAUUUCUAUCUCUAAUUCAACCUAAGCUUGAAUCAUUACCAGAGGUUGUAAGGCUCUGGUUUUAAUCAUAAAUGAUUCAAGGUCCACAACCAGCAAGAAUGAUCUGUAUUUUUAUUCAUGGAGAGCUCUGGCGCCAAAACCCAUACCCUCCUGUUUUAUACCCCUUGACACACAAAGGCACUUUGCUCCGCCCACCUUUAGGAGGCUUUCUUAAACAGUUUCCACCUUUCUCCUUCACCCUGGAAUGUUUAGUCCCGCCCCCCUCUGUUAGUGGGUUGAUAAUUCUAACACAGUUUACACAUUUAUACUGUAUUUGGGGUGAAAUCCUUUAGUCAUUAUUCUUAAAAUACAAAUUAAUCUAACACGAAGCCACUCCUGCAUUGCAUGUGGUGUAUCUCCCGAGUGGCGCAGUGGUCUAAGGCACUGCAUCGCAGUGCUAGCUGUGCCACUAGAGAUCCUGGUUCGAAACCAGGCUCUGUCGUAGCCGGCCGCGACCGGGAGACCCAUGGGGCGGCGCACAAUUGGCCCAGCGUCGUCCAGGGUAUGGGAGGGAAUGGCCGGCAGGGAUGUAGCUCAGUUGGUAGAGCAUGGCGUUUGCAGCGCCAGGGUUGUGGGUUCGAUUCCCACGGGGGGCCAGUAUGAUUUUAAACAAAAAAUAAUAAUGUAUGCACUCACUAACUGUAAGUCGCUCUGGAUAAGAGCGUCUGCUAAAAUGUAUUGACUGUGUGCUUAGGGUCGUUGUUGUCCUGUUGGAAGGUAUACAGUUCCCCCAGUCUGAGGUCCUGAGCGCUCUGGAGCAGGUUUUCAUCAAGGAUCUCUCUGCACUUUGCUCCUUUCAUCUUUUCCUCGAUCCUGACUUAUCUUCCAUUCCCUGCCGCUGAAAAACAUCCCCACAGCAUGAUGCUGCCACCACCAUGCUUCACCGUAGGGAUGGUGCCAGGUUUCCUCCAGACGUGAUGCUUGGCAUUCAGGCCAAAAAGUUACAUCUUGGUUUCAUCAGACCAGAGAAUCUUGUUUCUCAUGGUCUGAGAGUCUUUAGGUGCCUUUUGGCAAACUCCAAGUGGGCUGUCGUGCCUUUUACUGAGGAGUGGCUUCCGUCUGGCCACUCUACCAUAAAGGCCUGAUUGGUGGAGUGCUGCAGAGAUGGUUGUCCUGGAAGGUUCUCCCAUCUCCACAGAGGAACUCUGGAGCUCUGUCAUAGUGACCAUUGGGUUCUUGGUUCUCGAUUGCUCAGUUUGGCCGGGCAGCCAGCUCUAGGAAGAGUCUUGGUGGUUCCAAACAUCUUCCAUUUAAGAAUAAUGGAAGCCACUGUGUUUUUGGAAACCUUCAAUGCUGCAGACAUUUUUUGGUACCCUUCCCCAGAUCUGUGCCUCGACACAAUUCUGUCUCGGAGCUCUACGGACAAUUCCUUCGACCUCGUGGCUUGGUUUUUACUCUGACAUGCACUGUCAGCUGUGGGACCUUAUAUAGACAGGUGUGUGCCUUUCCAAAUCAUGUCCAAUCAAUUGAAUUUACCACAGGUGGACUCCAAUCAAGUUGUAGAAACAUCUCAAGGAUGAUAAAUGGAAACAGGAUGCACCUGAGCUCAAUUUCGUGUCGCAUAACAAAAGGUCUGAGUACCGUAUUUUCCGCACUAUAAGGCGCACCGGAUUAUAAGGCGCACCUUCAAUGAAUGGCCUAUUUUAGAACUGUUUUCAUAUAUAGGGCGCACCGGAUUAUAAGGCGCAUAGAAUAGAAGAUACUGCAGUCAAACGUUUGACUGGGGUUGCGUUAUGCAUCCACUAGAUGGAGCUGUGCUAAAGGGAAUGUCAACAAAACAGUCAGAUAAAGUCAAACUUUAUUAAGCGUUCUGACAACUCCGUUCACUCCCAUGGUAACGUUGUUCAAACGUUAAUGUGCAUAUUAACAAUAUCUCCCAGCCUUGCUCACUCUUCUCCCAAACGUGGAGGGGAACUUUUCCCUGAUUCAGUAAACGUAGUAAAAGAAACAGUCUGAUACCACUAAAUCAAACGUUAGUGCAUAACUCAACAUUGUUCAGUUACGUAUAACACGUAAAGCUCACUUUUUCUGUUCAUUCCCCGUCCCCGAAUCCCUUGAAUUCUUCUUCUUCAGUGUCCGAAUUGAACUGUUGGGCGACUACGGCAUCCAACCUGCCCGGCUCCCUCUCGUCAUUAUCCGAGUCAGUGUUGCUGCUGUUGCCUGGCAGUUCAGAGAUUAUUCCUGCCUUCAUGAAAGCUUGGACCACAGUUGAGACUGAUAUAUCAGCCCAGGCAUCCACGAUCCAUUGGCAGAUAGUGCCGUAAGUCGCCCGGCACUGUCUCCCCGUCUUGGUGAACGUGUCUUCGCCUUCUGUCAUCCAAUGCUCCCACGCAGCUCACAGUCUAGCUUUGAACGCCCUGUUGACACCAAUAUCUAGCGGCUGGAGUUCUUUAGUUAAUCCACCCGGAAUGACGGCAAGCUCCGAAUUAGUUUGCUUCACUUGUUUUUUGACAGCAUCGGUGAUAUGGGCGCGCAUGGAGUCGUAGAUCAAUAGGGACGGAGCUGUGUGGAAAAAGCCACCCGGUCUCUUGACGUAAAUUUCUCUCAGCCACUCACUCAUCUUUUCCUCAUCCAUCCAUCCCUUCGGGCUAGCUUUGAUGACGACGCCGGCUGGAAAGUUUUCUUUUGGCAAGGUCUUCCUCUUGAAAAUAACCAUGGGUGGAAGUUUCUGGCCAUUAGCCUGGCAGGCGAGAACUACAGUGAAGGAUGACUUCUCAAUCCCUGUGGUGGGUACAGACACCGUACUGGUCCCCGUUUUCUCCACAGUGCGGUUCACGGGAAUAUCAAAGGUGAGUGGAACCUCAUCCAUGUUGGUGAUGUGCUCUGGCCGGAUCUUCUUUUCAGUGAUCUUCUUUUUGCAGUAUGCGCGGAAAGUGACCAGCUUUUCUUGGUAAUCUUUUGGCAGUUGCUGCGAGACGGUAGUUUGUGUGCGGAUGGAGAGAUUACGUCUUUUCAUAAAACGAAAGCACCAAGAAGGACCGCCUCGAAAUUCAUCGAUGAUCAUGUCCCGUGCUAGCGCUGUUGCCUUCAUUCGAAUAGUGACUGUAGACGCUUCUACUUGCUGCUCUCUGUUCAACAACCCACUGUUCGAGUUUGUCCUCUAACUGUGGCCAUCUCGCUUUGUUCCCUCGGAAACUCUGUUUAGUCUUCUUUACUUGGCGCAGGUCAUCUUCUUGCUUCCUCCACUUCCGUACCAUUGAUUCAUUAAUGUUGAAUUCUCUCGCUGCUGCUCUAUUCCCAUAUUCUACUGCGUGACCGACAGCCUUGAGCUUGAACUCUGCGUCGUAAGCGUGUCUCUUGAAAGGUGCCAUUUUGGGGUCUUUAUACACACACAUGUGGUGUUGGACUGUGAGUAAGCACAGUACCGGUGUUUACUGACUACGGUAGCCGUAAUGCUGCAAGCGGUGCGGCUUUGUAGUUUACCAGUCGUACUGAAACAUUUCAUUAUUAUUAAAUUGGUUUUAUUGGUUUUUCAUACUGAAACAUUUUGACAGAGCGCCUUGAGAGCCGUGUACAACCAGUAUGGAUCAACCAAUUAACCAAUUGAUCCAUAUAUAAGGCGCUCCGGAUUAUAAGGCGCACUGUCGUUUUUUGAGAAAAUUAAAGGCUUUUAAGUGCACCUUAUAGUGCGGAAAAUACGGUACUUAUGUAAAUAAGGUAUUUCUGUUUUUUUAUUUUUAAUACAUUUGCUAAAAUUUCAAAAAACCUGUUCAUUUUGUCAUUAUAGGGUAUUGUGUGUAGAUUGAUGAGGAAAACAUUUAAUUUAAUAAAUUGUAGAGUAAAGCUGUAACAAAAUGUAAAAAUGUCGAGGGGUCUGAAUACUUUCUGAAUGCACUGUACAUUAUUUGUCUUCAAGAACGCAGUGAGUUGCUGUGCAACAGUUUUCUAAUUUAUUUAUUUUUUAGGAAUGGGAGAUUUGAUAUAGUCCGAUAUUUUUUUUGCAUUUUCCUGUUCAAGGUUUGGCUUUUUCAGGAGAGGAUUUAUUACUGCCACUUAGUGAGUUUGGUACACAUCUGGAGGAUAAGGAGCCAUUUACUAUGUUCAACAUAGGAGGGCCAAGCACGGGAAGUAGCUCUUUCAGUAGUUUUGUUGGGUUAGGGUCCAGUAUGCAGCUUGAAGGUUUAGCGGCCAUUACUAUUUUCAUGAAUGUGUCAAGAGAUACAGGAUUAAAAAAAACGUGUGUCUCCAUUGAUCCUAGUCUGCAGUUCUGUGCAGACUCAGGACAACUGAGCUUUGGAGAAAUACGCAGAUUCAAAGAGGAGUCCGUAAUUUGCUUUCUAAGAAUCAUGAUCUCUUCAUGGAAAAAGUUAGUUAAUUCAUCACUGCUGAAGAUGAAAGCCAUCCUCACUUCGGGAAUUAUGCGUUUUAGUUAGCCAGCCUAAAACCCCAAAGAGCAAGCAAUGUAGAUUUAGAAGCAUUGAUUGAUCGAUUGUGUGUUUGUAGGAGGACACUUGGAGAUUGUUAGCUGUACAGCCUGUGGCCAGCAAGUUAACCACUUCCAGAGGGACUCCUUCUAUCAGCAUCCAGUACUCAAAGUACUAAUUUGCAAGGUGAGGGGAUCCUGGGUCUGUCAAAGAUUGGGUCAAUUAUAAUGAACAAAAAUAUAAACGCAACAAUGUCAAAGAUUUUACUGAGUUACAGUUCAUAUAAGCAAAUCAGUCAAUUUAAAUAAAUAAAUUAGACCCUAAUCUAUGGAUUUCACAUGACUGGUAGUACAGAUAUGCAUAUGUUGGUCACAGAUACCUUAAAAAGAAAAAAGAAAAAGUACGGGCAUGGAUCAGAACCUGUAUGUAUCUGGUGUGACCACCAUUUGCCUCAUGCAGUGCGACAUCUCCUUCACGUAGAGUUUCAGGCUGUUGAUUGUGGCCUGUGGAAUGUUGUCCCACUCCUUCAAUAGCUGGGGACGUGCAUUAUCAUGCACGACAAUGGAUCUCGUCACGGUAUCUCUGUGCAUUUAAAUUGCCGUCUAUGAAAUGCAAUUGUGUUUGUUGUCCGUAGCUUAUGCUGCUCUUACCAUAAUGCCACCAUGGGGCACUCUGUUCACAAAGUUGACAUCAGCAAACGUGGUCUGUGUAAUGAUUAGGGCUGUCCCCGACAAAAAAAUAAAUCUUGGUCGACCGAAAGUCGUCUGUUCAAUCAAUUGCUCGACAUUUUUAAACGUGUAUUUUUCCAUAUAUAGACACACCCUAUGUGUUUUAAUAAAAUCAACUAUAUGCAUUGAGCUUGUCUGAUGCUUUAAGCUUACGGUUUGAUGCCUCGAGGGUGCCAGAGAUCUAGAUAACCAGAUAAAAAUAUAAAAAAUACGUAACCUGACCCAACUAUUCUCCUCCUGCUCCUGCUGGCUUUCGCAGAUUCUCCCAUUACUCUCCUGAAGUUGCCGGUAAGAGGCUACGUGAGGAGUCGGCAACCUUUCUCAUGUGGAAAGCCAUUUAUCUUAACAUUUCUACUGAUCUGCGUACCAGUUAUGGUGUUCAUAUGCACAUUUUAGUGAAAGUUUCAUUUAAUUUAUAAUAACGUCUUCAUAUCUCAAAAUCAUUGUCAUGUGGUUAAUCAAAAUUAUAUCCAAAUCUAAAUGAAAAUGAUACAAACAUCGAAAGUAACUUCUAUUGCCAACUAUGUAAAAAUAGCUUACAUAGAGCCAACAAAUAAAAACAUUGCAGGUAGAAAAUAUCCUGAUAAAAAAAAAAAAUCCUAUAAAUCAGAUUGGCUACACAUGGCCUGUCUGCAACGAACUUGAAACAUUGUAUCAAUGGGUCCAGCCGAAGCUUGCUCUAGCGAACUUGCAACAUUGUGUAAAAUAUUCUGGGUCCUCAGUUUCCCGCGCCAGUGAGCUCGGGACAGACACAGCUGUAGGCUAUUUGCGCAAGGGAUAAGAAGCAGUGCUUGACUUGGGCAGGAGCUCACCUGAGCUGAGUACCGGCACCUCAAAUUUUCUGCUGCUUAAGCUCCUGUUCCUCUUACAGAAUAUUAGCUAAAAAGUAUUGUGGAGCUCCUGCACCUAAAUAUAAACAGUACCAGCAUCCAAAAUGAGUACCGGAACCUAUUUCAGUCCAAGUCAAGCACUGAUAAGAAGCCUAUUUUGUCUAGUUUCCACUGGAUCAGAGCAUGAGAUUUUUUCCCUUUCACGCUGAGUGGUUAUCGAAAGGGAGAGAGCUGGAAAGAUUUUUCAAAUACAUUGAGGAGCUAUUGUAAUUCUCAAUGGAUGUAAAAACAGACUUUGUUUGCUUGCUGUUUGAUGUGAAGAAAACAUUACUUUGAGAAGCUCCACAGGUCAUUAGUGGUGGUGCGUUAAGCCAAUCAGAAAUACUAUCAGAUCCCCAAAUGGGCACAUUUAUAUGCCUACAUUUGCUUGCAGGCCAGGUAGCCUAUAGGCCUACUUCAAUGCGUGCGCGUCCUUACUUAACAUUGACAGGAGGAGCGCACCAAACAAAAGACAAAGACUAAAUUGACAACUCGUGAAUGGAAUUAAAUAAACCAAAAGUUGUUUCUCACAAGUAUAGCAUAGGUUGUGCACUCUGCAAACAAUGUGUCCACUCCGACAAUGAGAACAGGAAGACGGGAAUAAUAAUAUUGAAUGCAUUAAAAGAAAUGACUGUAACCAAAGUAACAAACAUUGUAGAUUAGAAAUUAUAGAAAUUAACGGUAAAUGUACUACUGGUGAUAUAUGUCAUGGAGAAUAUACACUAACAAUCAAACGCAAACAAUUCACACAAUGAAGUUAUGAAACAAUGAAUGUGCACAAAUUGGCGGGAGAGCGCAUUCUGGAGAGAAGUGCAUUGUUCAUCUGGGCGCAUGGUCAAUCACAUGUCUGCAUUGGCCAUGCAGUAUUUACUGUGAUAUGGCCUCAGCAGAAGUCAGGGCAUUCAUACUUAUUGCGCUUCGCGGAGCAGUGCAAAGCUGUUGUCAAGGAAGUGAGUUUGUUUAUACAGGAUAUACCGCCCCAACCAAUCAUGUCAAUGCGGAGCAAUACAGAGCCCUCCGCAUUGUUAAAACAUUUGGGAGGCGCAUGGCGAUGCGGUACAGAGCUCGAUUUGGCCUCUGGAGUCUCCGCAAUUGUGUCACACCCUCCAUAUGGAGCCGCCGACCACAUUUUCGAAUCAAGAAUAAAUUGGCUUUUGGUCUAGGCCUCUGCAAUGGAUUAGUUCACUGAGAGGGGAGCAUAUAUACAUUUGUUACUGCUCGACUAAAACAAUCUCUGUCGAACAACAGCCUAACGACCAAAUAAUCGACCAGUCAACUAAUGAUCAUGCUGUUUAAUCAGCUUCUUGAUAUGCCACACCAGUCAGGUGGAUGGAUUAUCUUGGCAAAGGAGAAAUGGUCACUAACAGGGAUGUAAACACAUUUGUGCACCAAAUUUGAGGGAAAUAAGCUUUUUGUGCCUAUGGAACAUUUCUGGGAUCUUUUAUUUCAGCUCAUGAAACAUGGGACCAAUACUUUACAUGUUGCAUUUAUAUUUUAGUUUAGUGAGUGUGUAUAUAGGCUUAACAUUACAUUGUUUAAAAUGGUCAUUCUCCAAUAAUAUUUUGUUGAGCUCAGCUACAUUUUUGGGGGCUCUGUUCCUUAUUGUCUUAUUAUUUUCUCAGUCUUGUUUCAAGUAUUACUCAAGUGAUGACAUCAGCAAGGAUUGUGAUGGCAUGGACGAACAGUGCAGGUACGAUGGGGUGGUUCUCCUAUUUAACAAAUCCUGAAAUGUUAAUAAACAUACAGGUUGUUACAUUAAUCAUUACUUCAAUCUAUUAUAUUUGCUUCUUACAGAUGGUGUGCAGAGGGGGGAAACCUGAUCUGCUGCGACUUUUGCCCCAACGCCUUCUGUAAGAAAUGCAUUUUGCGUAACCUGGGGCGAAAGGAGCUGUCUGGCAUCCUGGAUGAGGAGAGUAAGUGGUACUGCUACGUAUGCAGCCCAGAGCCUCUUCUGGACCUGGUCGUCGCCUGUGACAACGUCCUUGACAACCUGGGGAGUUUGUGGCAAGACCACCGCAAGAGGGGCAGAGGCGAGGGCAAAUCUGGACAUUAUGACUCCCAUCCCAGGCAUUCUCAAAACAUUCCCGUGGGUCAUUGGAACCAUAGUGGCAUGGAUGGUCAUGUGGUGUUCAACUACAACACCCUUCAAAUUCCAGAGGAGAUGGCCAAAAAGGCAAAAAACCUUGUGGACUCUACAAACACUGUAAACACAACUUUCAUGAAGUUCAUUCAAGGUGGAAUGCAGUUAAAGCGACAAUACCUGAAGACUUUCCAGUCAGUACUGAAGGGUCUAAAGAAGUCCCACACAGCUCUGGAGGAAGCCCUUUUGGAGGAGUUCAAUGAGAUGGGUCUGCCAAAUGAUGGGGAAAACCCCACGUUUUAUGACACUGAUGCAAGUCAACAAGCACAAGAGGGUUGCGUGGAAAUGGACAUUGCUGAUAAAAAUUGCCUGCAUUACUUAAAGAAAAUUGCCGCUGAACAUUUGGAAGAGAAUGAUUCAGACUCUAAGGGCUUUACGGACGAUGAAAGGCCUUCAUCCUCAAGUGAAAUGAAAGGUGUCCUUGGCACAGAGAUAAUGCCCCGUCGAGGUAGAGGCAGGCCGCGGAAAAACUCCAAGCCCGGAGAAGAUCCUUCCAACGUGACAAAACAACUGGUGGUGCAACUUACACCUGUCCCUGUUGAAAAAGAGCCACUCUCUGGCCCCCCAGAGUUGGAAGUGGAGUUGGAGGAGGAAAAGGAGUUGGAGGAGGAAGAAAUCAAAGAGAAAGUGGAUGAACGGGAGGGAGACUGUGAAUCUAUUGAACCUGCAACAGAAGAGGAGUAUGAAUCUGCUGAGGAGGGAAGCGAAUCUCUGGUGCUGGAACUGGAAGAGGAACCAGAGAAUAGACGCUCACCUCGGGUAAAGACCACGCCCUUACGCAGGCCAGGUGAGGGCAAGACCAAGCCUACCCCCUCAGGCCCUGACAGCGAGGGUGAGUCAGACCCUGACACCAGCCCCAAUGUUGAAGUGCCUCAAGGAGCUGACGAGGGAGGGCUUGGGAGAGGAAUUGAAGACUCUGACUCCGAUGAGGUCCCUGCUGUCCUUCAGCGGGCGGCCAUGGCUCGCAGUUCAGACGAAGCCGGGAGUGACGAUGGAGACCAUCGGAGCGUGACCAAGAAAUGCCUCUUCGGCCUGAAGAAGAACACGCCCCUCUCUCCAGAAAGAGUGGUCCGCAAACGCAAGGUGCAAGACCGCUCCUCUGACUCCUCCAGUGACGAUCCAGACCUGCAGAAGGAGAUCAAGACUAUGAGCAGGCCCAGGGGGAGGCCUCGGAAGGUUAAGAGAGAUGCUGAACCUACCCCCAGCAAGGAUAGUCCACAACAUAGGCCCCUGGGCAGACCUCGGAAGGUCAAGAAAGAGGAUGAAUCUUCAUCCAGCAAGGAGGGUAGUACCCAGGUAACCAAGCCUAAAAGCACACCUCGGUCCCAGCAGAGAACAAAGCAGACGCCAUCCUCUUCCAGUCAAGAAGAGGGCUACCAGGAUUCUGAAUCUAGCGACGACAGUGGUGACCAGAAGAUCAAGCCCAUCACUGAGGAGGUGGCCUUACUGGGGGCAGCAGCUUUCCACCAGUCGUCUGGUGAGUUGGUCUCUCACUUUCUCUGCAAAGCACUGCAUUUAUGAGCUGUAUUUCAACCCUUUUAAGGUAGCCAUGUAGAUUUCCUCAUUGGCAAAUGUUGAGCUGACCUUCUCUGUUUUUUGUACUCUCACUCUGUAGGCGAUGAAGAGCAGCCCCGGUCUGGGCCUUCUUGGGCAGCAGAAGAUGAUGACGAUCCAGAAAAUAGGUAUGGUUCCGAACGAAUGGACUUAGCGUUUGUAACACACCCUAGGCGCGGGAGAAAGGCCACGCCACGGAGCUCUAAGUCGAGUGCUAAUAAUGGUGACUCAAGACCCCUUCCCAAUCAAUACCGUCUCGUCCAACCCGCAGCUGCAGUAAACCAGCAGCUAUCCCAUACAAUUUCUAGUGUAGAGCACAGAGGUACCGUGUCAAGCACAGGGAGAAACCCCUCCUCAUACCUUGCUAAGGCUGUGUUAUGAAUGAUAGGCCACUUAUGCCACUGUGUUUUCAUUGACCUUUUCUUUAAUUUAAUAUUUCUUUUAAAUUUAAAGUUAAAUGUGAGUUGUCUAUUAGCAGAAUGUGGCAUCAUUUGUCCAUGUCUGUGCAUUUCAAGGUGAUUAAGAGGGGAAAUGCUGGUUAUUGUAUUAGUUUGCACAAAAGCCUGAUGCACUUAUUAAAACAGAUUAAACAAAUUAUUUUAUAUCUCAUAGUUUCUCAUUUGUCAACAAUACUGUAAGUCAUCCUUUCUUCCACAGACAGUAUUCUUUUUAUUUUUUACCAAAUAAAUAACGGUAUACUGUAUAUUAAAACAUAUUUUAAGCCAUGUUAAAGGUAUUGAUUGCAUUAUUUGUAAAUAGUGUGAUUAUACUAUUUUUUUAUAUAUAUAUAUGUUAGGGUGCACUCAUUUGAAUCUGGAUUCUGAUUCUUGAUCUAUGGUUUGAUGGUAGUACAAGUUGCGUUGAGUUUUGCUCCGCAUAAGAACAAGCCAGAAAGCUUAUGUCUAUGUAGAAUUUUUUUUAGCAAAGCACAUCCUAAACUGGUUAAAACUAAUAAAAAAGCGAAUAAACCACACCAGGGUACUGAAUACACAUCUGAACGAAUACACAUCUGAACAUACCCUUAGACUUAAUUUUCAGAUCUGGAUAUAUUUAUCUUUCACUAUACUAGGGGUGAAUUACAUUCCUAUCACUGGGAAUUGGUCAUCAUGGAGUUUGAUGUCAUUUCUGAACUGACUGGGAUUUGGACCCCAACCCUCAUAUUAGACAUCCCCUAAUGGUCAGCUCAUGCUCAGGCAUUCUUUAGGGUGGCAGUAUUGUACAUGACUGCACCCUUGUGGCUGCUGGAUGUUGCCCAUUUCUCUAAGGCAGUGUAAAAGCAUACACGUUACUGCUAGUAUUUGGUAAUUGUGUUGUUGUAUGGUUACUGUAUGGAAGAUUUUUGUCUUGAUAUAUUUGAAGUUCAUGUGCAAAAUGCCAGUGGUGUGGUGGCUGUAUUUAGCGCUGCUAUUCUGACACUGUUGAGUACUAAUACGAUGGGUUGACUAUCCAGUGAUUCUCUGAACAGACUGGAAAACAAUCUAUUCUGCUUGAUUGAAUCUUUAAAAUAUGAUUAUCGCUUCUGACCAGGUUGAGGGCUUAGCAGAGAAAGAGGACUAAACAGCAGUAUACCAAAGACACUGAUUAUAAGACCCUACCUACUGUACUGCAUUUGAUAUACUUUGUUUUGUGCCUUUUUUCACCACAGGCAACAAGCUGCAUUUCUUGUAUGCUUUGUUUGUUAUACUAAUUGCAUAAUCAUAUUUAGAGUAUUUUAAUGUUUGUUUUGCAUGCAAGGCCACAUUUAUUGGCCGUUUACCUACAUUUUAAAUUAUUUAAAAACUGCUAAUUUAAUGCAAUUGCAUUUUACUUUGGAGGAGCUCGAUGCCUUAAGCCUAAAGGCAACAGCUCGGAAAGCUGGUCCUGUAGAAUGGUUGUAAUGUAUUUUAUUCAACCUCAACUUUGUGUCCUCUUGUGACCUCUGAGGUCAGCCUUACAACGUUGCUGUGAGACGAGGAGGCGUGUUGUCUGUAGUGAAGUGUCUUUUUCUUCUUCCAUUUUCUCUCUUCCCAGUUUAAACACUUGUGGUAAGGCCUCAGGCCCAGGCUGUUGCCGGCCGCUGCUGUUUUGAUACUGCCUCAUAUGAGGGGCCCUCAUCAUGUACACGUACUUCUCGCUGAGGGUCGUCCGAGGCUUCGUUCAACUAUUACUAUCUGCCAAAAGGAUUGUUUCUGCAAAACAUAUUCAUGUGUAAAUAGAUGCAUGUAUUUCACAGAAUAUUGAACUUCGUAAAAAGUCCUACAAAACCAUUUUGACCCAGUUGUUUUUUUGUUUUUUCUUUACCCUUCACAAACUAUUUCUUGCAUACCACCUAAAAAAAAAAGUGGUUGGAAGAACUUUUUUUCCAAAUUGAAUUAAUAAUGAUGUUGUCUUUAGCUCUGAGGUGCUGUAUUGUUAAAGGCCUGUUACUUGUAGAGCAUGCGUCAGACCAAGGAUAUGUUCUUACUUUUGUUAUUGACUGAAUUCUGUAAGAGAAACUAUCCGUUGUAAUAAAUGAAUACCCUUUAUAAUGUCUCGUAUGUCUUCAUUAUUCUAUAUAGGACCAGGUUUGUUAAUCUUGGGAGUGAUCAGUCUUAGAUGUUUGUUAUGGAGGGGAGGGGUUGAUUCAAAUGUGCUUAGAAGGCAGUUAGGUUAUCUGGCCUUUGACUCCUCAAUGUGUUGCGUUUUUAAGAUGAAAUUAAGUGAAAUGGUCUUUGACAGAGCAUUUCAGCUCUGUCUAUUUGGUCACAUUAUAACAGAUAUUUACAUCAGUAAAGAAAUACAUUAAAUUGUCGGUUGUUUACAGGUCAGGGACUGCAAAGUACUAGAAUAGCUAAAGUUACAUUAUUUUCAUUAAUUCUAGAAUAAAUGUAUAUCCUGGUGAUAUUGUUAAGUUUAAGGUGAAAUCCUGCGUCUUGAUUGUAAAUUCCUAUCUAAGACAAGUUCCUUUAGAGAAUAAACCUAUUAAGCAGGGCUUGUUGGAUUUGAUGUGAUGAUCAUUAAAAUGAUCCUCCGGUCCCUUUUCCCUCUCUUCCUUGCUUCUGAAAGAAUCGCUAAGAAAAUGCUUUUGGCCCAAAUCAAAGCCAACUACUCAUCGGGGGAGGAUUUCUCUUCAGACGAGGAGUCAUCACAGGAUGAUGAAUCUGACAGGGGAGAGAAGGCACAGGAAGAUGGGAAAGAUGAAAGCUCAGAUGAGAAUGGUAAGUGAUCCCUCCUUAACUCCACUACAAUUUCACAUUUGUUUAUUUUGAGAUUAGUCAUUAGGCUGAAAUACUGUCCUGACAUGACCUGUUUCUUAGUAACUGGGCAUUUUAAAGUAGGCCCAUAUUGUAAUUGUGGUGAUCUAAGACAUCACCCUGUGUCACUGCUUAUUAGUGUACAGGUUUAAUUAACAUUCACUAUAGGAAUAUGAUGUCCUCCUAUAAUACACCAUGUUGUUUCUGCUGCAGGGGAGACCUCCAGUUUGACCUCUGACUCCGAGUCCAGUAAAACUCGUCACAGACACAGUCUGCUACGCCACAAGCUCAGCCUUGACGAUGGAAAUCCAAAUGGUCGGAAAACAGCUAAAGAAAAUGGGAAUGAGCAGAAAGUCAAGAAGUCUAGAAGAACCGAAGGUGUGUGUGGGAUGGGUUCUGUGGAACGACUUUAUGAUUGGAUACCAUCAGUGCCCUAGACUAGUUUUGGAGUUGGUCCUAUUACUCAGUGAACUAAUUCUCUGCUUUCGUCCAUCGCCUCAGGUGAGACAUUGGAUAGCCAGAGUAGUGCUGAUAAUAGCCAAUCAGAGCAGGAAGAGUCUGGUAUGAGUGAAGAGCUGAGCCAAUCAGAGAAUGAGGGCAAUGAACAGAAGCCCAAAAGGUAAGACGUCUCCUUAUUUGUUUUGUCAAUGCUGCUAACCAGGAAGGAAACCUUGUGUUUUCUGUCAUCAUUACAUGUAAUUGUGGUUGCAUUCUUUAUUUAGUGAAAUAUCUUUGUGCUCUUUUGUCUCCUUAGCUCAUCUACCUCUAGAGUCGAGAGGGAAUCAGUCCGUAGUUAUCUACAGAAGAAGCAGCAACCCUCAUAUAUUGUGCUGUCUGACUCCAGUGUCGAUAAGGUAAUCACUAGUGGAUGUCGCCAUCUCAUUUUACCUUUGCAUUGUCAGUUGCCUUUUUAUAUUCUUCUUAAUAACUUCUUGAUGUGCAACUAUUGGAUUUCUGAGAGGUAUGAUGAUUAUUCUGCUAUUCUUGUUUUCUGUUUGUGUAUUAUCAGGUGCUAAAUGUUAAAUUGUAUGUUUUUUUACUGGUAAAAGCGUUGUUGUGCUGGUGAUCUCCUGAUCUAUCUAAACAGAGUGAUGAUGAAGAGAAGGACGGAGAGGAAGGCGACAACAAAGGUACACCUAAGGGCCGCAAGAAGAUCCGCAGGAUCAUUGUAGAUGAGCACCUCCGCUCAGAGACUCAGAGAGCCCUGAAGGAGGAGGAGGAGAGACGCAGACGCCUGGCAGAAAGAGAGCAGAGGGAGGACUUCAGAGAGGUACACUACACACAGCUGACCCUCUCCAUGCACACUCACUGUAGAAACCAUGCUCUCUCAGAAAUAUCAUACUGUUACUCUAUUUUAUUUUAUUUGAAUAAAUUAUAUAUUAUAUCUAUAUAUGGUUUAUAUGAUCAGUUUUGGUCUAAUGGUGGUUUCCUCACAGGUGAUUGUUAUUGAUGACGAGAUGUCUAAAGUGGCAUGUCCCAUCACCACUAAGCUCGUCUUGGAUCAGGAUGAGGGGACCAGGGAGCCACUCAUCCAGGUGCACAGGAACCUGGUGACCAGGCUCAAGCCUCACCAGGUGGAUGGUAAGUCUCGGUUUUUAUUUCAGUUGUACAAAUCCAAUACAUACAAUAAUUAACAUACAGUGGCAAAUACAACAUUGUCCCUUCAAUUUGCUGUAUCUCUUCCUUUUGACAGGUGUCCAGUUUAUCUGGGACUGUUGUUGUGAGUCUGUGAAGAAGGCCAAUUCAACCCCUGGAUCAGGCUGCUUACUGGCCCACUGCAUGGGCCUAGGGAAGACACUGCAGGUAAGACGAAGGGAAGAGAGAACAGAAGGAGUGUUUAGGAUUUUAUUUGGAUCCCCAUUAGCUGUUGCAAAAGCAGCAGCUACUCUUCCUGGGGUCCAAAAAAUAAAUAAAACAUGACAUAAUACAGAACAAUAAUAGACAAGAACAGCUCAAGAACAGCGCAACAUACAUUCAAACUAAAUAGAAAAAUAGAAAAGGACCCUUAGGAAAAACAUAUUACUUUACAUAGACAUAGAAGUUAUUUAGGUCAGCUAGGGGCCUUGUGCUGUAAGAUGUUUUAUUCGUUUUUUAAAAGCUGAUUUUGCGGUUUGCUUUGGUAAUUUGAGAUGGAAGGGCGUUCCAUGUAACUAUAGCUCUGUACAAUACUGUGCAUUGCCUUGAAUUUGUUUUGGACUUGGGGAUUGUGAAGAGACCCCUGGUGAUAUGUCUGGCGGGGUAUGUACAGUGAGGGAAAAAAGUAUUUGAUCCCCUGCUGAUUUUGUACGUUUGCCCACUGACAAAGACAUGAUCAGUCUAUAAUUUUAAUGGUAGGUUUAUUUGAACAGUGAGAGACAGAAUAACAACAAAAAAAUCCAGAAAAACGCAUGUCAAAAAUGUUAUAAAUUGAUUUGCAUUUUAAUGAGGGAAAUAAGUAUUUGACCCCUCUGCAAAACAUGACUUAGUACUUGGUGGCAAAACCCUUGUUGGCAAUCACAGAGGUCAGACGUUUCUUGUAGUUGGCCACCAGGUUUGCACACAUCUCAGGAGGGAUUUUGUCCCACUCCUCUUUGCAGAUCUUCUCCAAGUCAUUAAGGUUUCAAGGCUGACGUUUGGCAACUCAAACCUUCAGCUCCCUCCACAGAUUUUCUAUGGGAUUAAGGUCUGGAGACUGGCUAGGCCACUCCAGGACCUUAAUGUGCUUCUUCUUGAGCCACUCCUUUGUUGCCUUGGCCGUGUGUUUUGGGUCAUUGUCAUGCUGGAAUACCCAUCCACGACCCAUUUUCAAUGCCCUGGCUGAGGGAAGGAGGUUCUCACCCGAGAUUUGACGGUACAUGGCCCCGUCCAUCGUCCCUUUGAUGCAGUGAAGUUGUCCUGUCCCCUUAGCAGAAAAACACCCCCAAAGCAUAAUGUUUCCACCUCCAUGUUUGACGGUGGGGAUGGUGUUCUUGGGGUCAUAGGCAGCAUUCCUCCUCCUCCAAACACGGCGAGUUGAGUUGAUGCCAAAGAGCUCGAUUUUGGUCUCAUCUGACCACAACACUUUCACCCAGUUCUCCUCUGAGUCAUUCAGAUGUUCAUUGGCAAACUUCUUGAGCAGGGGGACCUUGUGGGCGCUGCAGGAUUUCAGUCCUUCACGGCGUAGUGUGUUACCAAUUGUUUUCUUGGUGACUAUGGUCCCAGCUGCCUUGAGAUCAUUGACAAGAUCCUCCUGUGUAGUCCUGGGCUGAUUCCUCACCAUUCUCAUGAUCAUUGCAACUCCACGAGGUGAGAUCUUGCAUGGAGCCCCAGGCCGAGGGAGAUUGACAGUAAUUUUGUGUUUCUUCCAGUUGCGAAUAAUCGCACCAACUGUUGUCACCUUCUCACCAAGCUGUUUGGCGAUGGUCUUGUAGCCCAUUCCAGCCUUGUGUAGGUCUACAAUCUUGUCCCUGACAUCCUUGGAGAUCUCUUUGGUCUUGGCCAUGGUGGAGCGUUUGCAAUCUGAUUGAUUGAUUGAUUGCUUCUGUGGACAGGUAUCUUUUAUACAGGUAACAAACUGAGAUUAAGAGCACUCCCUUUAAGAGUGUGCUCCUAAUCUCAGCUCGUUACCUGUAUAAAAGACACCUGGGAGCCAGAAAUCUUUCUGAUUGAGAGGGGGUCAAAUACUUAUUUCCCUCAUUAAAAUGCAAAUCAAUUUAUAACAUUUUUGACAUGCGUGUUUCAGGAUUUUUGUUGUUGUUAUUCUGUCUCUCACUGUUCAAAUAACCCUACCAUUAAAAUUAUAGACUGAUCAUUUCUUUGUCAGUGGGCAAACAUACAAAAUCAGCAGGGGAUCAAAAACUUUUUUCCCUCACUGUAUGUCUGUCAGAGCUGUGACAGACAUGUUGUCGUAUGCAUGUGUCAUUAACAAAACCGUAUAUUUUAUUAAUAAUACUAGACUUAAUAGAGUUUCUUGCUUAAAUAUUUUUCUCAUUUAGGUGGUGACAUUUCUCCACACGAUGCUGCAGUCAAGGUGCCUGAAGUUCAGGACUGCCCUGGUGGUGUGUCCACUCAACACUAUCCUCAACUGGGUCAACGAGUUUGACAAGUGGCAAGUUGACAUGGGAGCCGACAAAGUCAAGGUAGUCAAGGAGAUUAGAUUUUUUUUCUUUGUAGUUAAAUACAUGCAGAGGUUAUUGAUAUGCAAUGUAUUAGCGAGAAAUAGUAAUGGCGUCUUUUUGUAGGCACUAACUCCGCCAUGGUUUGUUGGACAAAGCCUAUGUAGAAAUAAAUUGGUGUUUUUGGAUAAACACUGAAAAUAAGCUCUGUGGUAAACACAGGCUUAGGAGAUUUUAUAAAUUUGGUUGUAUGAAAUCAGCUAAUUUCACUUUUUGUGAAUGUUGAAGCAUUUGUCAUUUUAAAAAGCACAUAAAUGCUUAAUAAUUCAUAAAGGCCAUGUUAACUGACUGAUAUCUCAUAGAACAAAACUUAGAAAAUCUCCUAAGCUUGUGUUGACCUCAGACCUUAUUUUCGGCAUUUAUCCCAAAACCCUAUUCUCUCCCCAUUCAUUUUCACCGUAGAAAUGGCUGAAUGAACCAAGAGGUAACACAUUUCCGGGUUUUAGGACUACAAGCUGGCGAGCUCUAUAUUCAAAGUAUUUAAUGUUACUUCCAUCUCUUUCAUCUCCCUGUCCCUGGCUCGACCUCUUCAUUUCUCUCACCCUUUCUUUUUCUCUCGGUCUCUAUACACUAACAUACACCUCGUAGGUGACAGAGUUGGCCACACUGAAGCGACCUCAGGAGCGUUAUAUUGCCCUGCAGAGAUGGCAGAAGGAUGGUGGUGUUAUGAUCAUUGGCUAUGAGAUGUACCGCAACCUCACACUAGGCCUCAAAGUCACCCACAGAAAAUUCAAAAAGACCUUUGACAGCGCACUGGUCAAUCCAGGUACAUCCUCUACUAAUUCUAUGCAUGUAGUGUUGAGAGGUAUGCACCAAUUUUUAAGUAGUUUAAUUUAUUGUUUAUUUAUUGUGUAGAAACUCUAAUACACUCCACUACAUUUGUUGUACUCCAGGUCCAGACUUUGUGAUCUGCGACGAGGGGCACAUCCUUAAGAACGAGGCUUCCAACAUCUCCAAAGCUAUGAGUGCCAUUAAGACCAAACGGAGAGUGGUGCUGACAGGCACUCCACUGCAGAACAACCUCAAUGAGUGUAAGGAGGCCUGCUUCAGUUUGAGUGCAGCCUAUGACAACCUUUCCAUUUAAAACUGUACUCUGUGACCAGUAUGCCAACGUCUGGAGAAGUUAAUUCAUAUUUCAGUUUUAUUAUAUCUCAAAACUGAUUUUAGGAGAACAUAACAAACUUGCAUGAUAAUUUCCUUGUUAAUGUUCAAGUGUAGUCAUAUCUUAUAUAUUUUGGUUCUCUCAGACCACUGCAUGGUGAACUUCAUCAAGGAGAACCUUCUGGGCUCAAUCAAGGAGUUCCGGAAUCGCUUUAUCAACCCCAUUCAGAAUGGCCAGUGUGCAGACUCCACCCCCAGAGACGUCCGCAUCAUGAAGAAUCGCGCCCAUGUCCUUCAUGAAAUGUUGGCGGGAUGUGUACAGGUGAGACAGCUCAAUUACUAGGAGUGUACGGCACUUUCAUUUGUAGUUUAUCAGAACCACUGACUACUUUUUGCAAGUAUUUGUUGUAUGUUCUUUGUCAGUCUCCAGUGGAAACACUUAUUGUGUUUUUCCUCUCUCUCAGAGAAGAGACUACUCAGCCUUGACCAAGUUCCUGCCUCCUAAACAUGAGUAUGUUAUGGCGGUGAGGGUGACCCCCCUCCAGUACAGACUGUAUCGCUACUACCUGGACAACUUCACUGGUAAGAACCUCCAUCCAUAGCCAGUUAGCUCAGAAAGCUCUGUAAUGAAAUGUGUAUGAGAUUUGGAGACAUUUUGGCAUUUACUGAGAACAUAUGGAGAAAAAAGCUGAAUGUGUGUGUAGGAGCAGGAUCCGUAGUUGAGGGAGCCAGGGGCAAGGCCGGAACCAGCCUCUUUAAGGACUUCCAGAUACUCAGCCGAAUCUGGACGCAUCCCUGGUGUCUGCAGCUCAACUAUAUCAGUAAAGAAAAUAAGGUAAAGACCCAUCAGAUGCGGGUUUGAACAAAAGUACUAUUUUCUCAUCACCAGACAGAUCCUGAUGCAUCAGUCAAACUGUCACCAACCGAGAUUCUCUUUGUUUUCAGGGCCAUUUUGAUGGAAAGCACCAGGGGAAAGCUGAGAGGUGUGUAGAAAUACUACUCACAGUUUGCUGCACGCACAAAAUAAAUAUUAGACUGCGAGGCUCUUGAUCCAGGAGGGGAUUCUCUGCUGUUACCAAGUGAAGCUUGAUUUUGGAAGAAGCUAACCACUUAUCUAGAUAGCUAACUAGCUACUAAAUUAGCAAAUCAAAUGCACAACUGCAGAGCAUUAGCACAUUUUUGACAGUUAACUUAUUUGUUAUAAGAUAUCUAGCUGGCAAACAUUAGUUAUGAAUUACAUACUGUAACUAGAUCACCUGCCACUUGCUGCACAACAGUGAGUGACUCAAGGCUCCGGUCUCUUGACUGGGAACUACUAUGUGACUGGGAACUACUGGUAAGCUUCAUAAUGAAAAAUUAUGUGACUGGUGAAAUGAAGAACGCGGUUUUCUUUAGCUCCUAAUGUAUUGCGCAAGUUGACUGCAGGUAUUUACUUAAAAAGUAUGAAAAUGUAUGCACUCACUUAACUGUAAGUUGCUCUGGAUAAGAGCGUCUGCUAAAUGACUAAAAUGUAAAUGUAAAAAGUAGCUACAAAUAUUAUUAUUAUUUUAUACUUUUAAGAAACAGUUUGAAUGGUAUUGACAGUAUUGGAAAAACCAUCCUGUGGCUAUUUCCAAAUACCCCUGUAUACGGUAUACAGUGAGGGGAAAAAAGUAUUUGAUCCCCUGCUGAUUUUGUAAGUUUGCCCACUGACAAAGAAAUUCAGUCUAUAAUUUUAAUGGUAGGUUUAUUUGAACAGUGAGAGACAGAAUAACAACAACAAAAAUCCAGAAAAAUGCAUGUCAAAAAUGUUAUAAAUUGAUUUACGUUUUAAUGAGGGAAAUAAGUAUUUGACCCCUCUGCAAAACAUGACUUAGUACUUGGUGGCAAAACCCUUGUUGGCAAUCACAGAGGUCAGACGUUUCUUGUAGUUGGCCACCAGUUUUGCACACAUCUCAGGAGGGAUUUUGUCCCACUCCUCUUCGCAAAUCUUCUCCAAAUCAUUAAGGUUUUGAGGCUGACGUUUGGCAACUCGAACCUUCAGCUCCCUCCACAGAUUUUCUAUGGGAUUAAAGUCUGGAGACUGGCUAGGCCACUCCAGGACCUUAAUGUGCUUCUUCUUGAGCCACUCAUUUGUUGCCUUGGCCCUGUGUUUUGUUUCAUUGUCAUGCUGGAAUACCCAUCCACAACCCAUUUUCAAUGCCCUGGCUGAGGGAAGGAGGUUCUCACCCAAGAUUUGACGGUACAUGGCCCCGUCCAUCGUCCCUUUGAUGCGGUGAAGUUGUCCUGUCCCCUUAGCAGAAAAACACCCCCAAAGCAUAAUGUUUCCACCUCCAUGUUUGACGGUGGGGAUGGUGUUCAUGUUCAUUGGCAAACUUCAGACGGGCCUGUAUAUGUGCUUUCUUGAGCAGGGGGACCUUGCGGGCGCUGAAGGAUUUCAGUCCUUCACGGCGUAGUGUGUUACCAAUUGUUUUCUUGGUGACUAUGGUCCCAGCUGCCUUGAGAUCAUUGACAAGAUCCUCCCGUGUAGUUCUGGGCUGAUUCCUCACCGUUCUCAUGAUCAUUGCAAUUCCACGAGGUGAGAUCUUGCAUGGAGCCCCAGGCCGAGGGAGAUUGACAGUUAUUUUGUGUUUCUUCCAUUUGCGAAUAAUCGCACCAACUGUUGUCACCUUCUCACCAAGCUGUUUGGCGAUGGUCUUGUAGCCCAUUCCAGCCUUGUGUAUCGUUUGGAAUCUGAUUGAUUGAUUGCUUUUGUGGACAGGUGUCUUUUUAUACAGGUAACAAGCUGAGAUUAGGAGCACUCCCUUUAAGAGUGUGCUCCUAAUCUCAUCUCGUUACCUGUAUAAAAGACACCUGGGAGCCAGAAAUCUUUCUGAUUGAGAGGGGGUCAAAUACUUAUUUCCCUCAUUAAAAUGCAAAUCAAUUUAUAAAAUUUUUGACAUGUGUGUUUCUGGAUUUUUUUGUUGUUAUUCUGUCUCUCGCUGUUCAAAUAAACCUACCAUUAAAAUUAUAGACUGAUCAUUUCUUUGUCAGUGGGAAAACGUACAAAAUCAGCAGUGAAUCAAAAACUUUUUUCCCUCACUGUAUAUGGUAUACCGCCCAAGCCUACACUUAAGCAGUCCACAAAGUUAAUGCGUGUCCCAUGUGCGCUUGGUGGAGUCCGAUUUAUUUGUAUUUAUUUUUUGCAACGCGCACCUUUUGGUAACAUGAUACCUCGCCUGUCCAUUCGUUUCUAGACUCCCAAAAAGCAAACUUCACAAGGAGGCGAUAGCAGAGGUUUUCUUUUUGUUGUCUGCCCAUUUGUGGUAAAGGAAAAAAUUAUCACAUUGACAACAACAUCAUCACCACUGCAAGCAAAUUUGAAAGAAAACCAACUGCAUAUUUAAAUAAUAGCUACAUAUAAUGAAAGUUUAGGUUUGUUUUACAUUACGUCAUGUUGUGCCUUCCAGUAGACUGUAGGCUACACUGCUAGCAUCUUGCUAGCUACACUACAUGACCAAAAGUAUGUGGACACCUGCUCGUCGAACAUCUUGUUCCAAAAUCAUGUGCAUUAAUAUGGAGUUGGUCCCCCCUUUGCUGCUAUAACAGCUUCCACUCUUCUGGGAAGAUGUUGGAACAUUGCUGCGGGGACUUGCUUCCAUUCAGCCACAAGCAUUAAUGAGGUCGGGCACUGAUGUUGGGCGAUUAGGCCUAGCUCGCAGUCGGCGUUCCAUUUCAUCCCAAAGGUGUUCGAUGGGGUUGAGGUCAGGGCUCUGUGCAGGCCAGUCAUAGUUCUUCCACACCGAUCUCGAUUAACCAUUUCUGUAUGGACCUCGCUUUGUGCAUGGGGGCAUUGUCAUGCUGAAACAGGAAAGGGCCUUCCCCAAACUGUUGCCACAAGUUGGAAGCACAGAAUUGUCUAGAAUAUCAUUGUAUGAUGUAGCGUUAAGAUUUCCCUUCACUGGAACUAAGGGGCCUAGCCCGAACCAUGAAAAACAGCCCCAGACUAUUAUUCCUCCACUAAACUUUACAGUUGGCACUAUGCAUUGGGGCAGGUAGCGUUCUCCUGGCAUCCGCCAAACCCAGAUUUGUCCGUCGGACUGCCAGAUGGUGAAACGUGAUUCAUCACUCCAGAGAACGCAUUUCCACUGCUCCAGAGUCCAAUGGCGGCGAGCUUUACACCACUCCAGCUUGGCAUUGCGCAUGGUGAUCUUAGGCUUGUGUGCGGCUGCUCGGCCAUGGAAACCCAUUUCAUGUAGCUCCCGACAAACAGUUAUUGUGCUGACGUUGCUUCCAGAGGCAGUUUGGAACUCGGUAGUGAGUGUUGCAACCGAGGACAGAUGAUUUUUACGCGCUUCAGCACUCGGCAGUCCUGUUCUGUGAGCUUGUGUGGCCUAUCACUUCGCGACUGAGCCGUUGUUGCUCCUAGACUUUUCCACUUCACAAUAACAGCACUUACAGUUGAACGGGCAGCUCUAGCAGUGCAGAAAUUUGACGAACUGACUUGUUGGAAAGGUGGCAUCCUAUGACGGUGCCACGUUGAAAGUCACUGAGCAUUAAGGCCAUUCUACUGCCAAUAUUUGUCUAUGGAGAUUGCAUGGCUGUGUGCUCGAUUUUAUACACCUGUCAGCGAUGGGUGUGGCUGAAGUAGCUGAAUCCACAAAUUUGAAGGGGUGUCCACACACUUUGUAUAUAUAUAGUGUAUCUGGCUAAAAACAGCAAGCAAGCUAGCCUUUUAGCUUCCCACAUCGUAGCCAUGUGAAAUUAUCUGAUUUAUAAAUAAUAUGCCCUGGCAUAUACAGUGGGGAAAAAAAGUAUUUAGUCAGCCACCAAUUGUGCAAGUUCUCCCACUUAAAAAGAUGAGAGAGGCCUGUAAUUUUCAUCAUAGGUACACGUCAACUAUGACAGACAAAUGAGAAAAAAAAUCCAGAAAAUCACAUUGUAGGAUUUUUAAUGAAUUUAUUUGCAAAUUAUGGUGGAAAAUAAGUAUUUGGUCAAUAACAAAAGUUUCUCAAUACUUUGUUAUAUACCCUUUGUUGGCAAUGACACAGGUCAAAUGUUUUCUGUAAGUCUUCACAAGGUUUUCACACACUGUUGCUGGUAUUUUGGCCCAUUCCUCCAUGCAGAUCUCCUCUAGAGCAGUGAUGUUUUGGGGCUGUCGCUGGGCAACACGGACUUUCAACUCCCUCCAAAGAUUUUCUAUGGGGUUAAGAUCUGGAGACUGGCUAGGCCACACCAGGACCUUGAAAUGCUUCUCACGAAGCCACUCCUUCGUUGCCCGGGCGGUGUGUUUGGGAUCAUUGUCAUGCUGAAAGACCCAGCCACGUUUCAUCUUCAAUGCCCUUGCUGAUGGAAGGAGGUUUUCACUCAAAAUCUCACGAUACAUGGCCCCAUUCAUUCUUUCCUUUACACGGAUCAGUCAUCCUGGUCCCUUUGCAGAAAAACAGCCCCAAAGCAUGAUGUUUCCACCCCCAUGCUUCACAGUAGGUAUGGUGUUCUUUGGAUGCAACUCAGCAUUCUUUGUCCUCCAAACACGACGAGUUGAGUUUUUACCAAAAAGUUAUAUUUUGGUUUCAUCUGACCAGAUGACAUUCUCCCAAUUCUCUUCUGGAUCAUCCAAAUGCACUCUAGCAAACUUCAGACGGGCCUGGACAUGUACUGGCUUAAGCAGGGGGACACGUCUUGCACUGCAGGAUUUGAGUCCCUGGCGGCGUAGUGUGUUACUGAUGGUAGGCUUUGUUACUUUGGUCCCAGCUCUCUGCAUGUCAUUCACUAGGUCCCCCCGUGUGGUUCUGGGAUUUUUACUCACCGUUCUUGUGAUAAUUUUGACCCCACGGGGUGAGAUCUUGCGUGGAGCCCCAGAUCGAGGGAGAUUAUCAGUGGUCUUGUAUGUCUUCCAUUUCCUAAUAAUAGCUCCCACAGUUGAUUUCUUCAAACCAAGCUGCUUACCUAUUGCAGAUUCAGUCUUCCCAGCCUGGUGCAGGUCUACAAUUUUGUUUCUGGUGUCCUUUGACAGCUCUUUGGUCUUGGCCAUAGUGGAGUUUGGAGUGUGACUGUUUGAGGUUGUGGACAGGUGUCUUUUAUACUGAUAACAAGUUCAAACAGGUGCCAUUAAUACAGGUAACGAGUGGAGGACAGAGGAGCCUCUUAAAGAAGAAGUUACAGGUCUGUGAGAGCCAGAAAUCUUGCUUGUUUGUAGGUGACCAAAUACUUAUUUUCCACCAUAAUUUGCAAAUAAAUUCAUAAAAAAUCCUACAAUGUGAUUUUCUGGAGAAAAAAAAUCUCAAUUUGUCUGUCAUAGUUGACGUGUACCUAUGAUGAAAAUUACAGGCCUCUCUCAUCUUUUUAAGUGGGAGAACUUGCACAAUUGGUGGCUGACUAAAUACUUUUUUCCCCACUGUACUUGCCAGUGUAAUUUACAACAUUAUCUCAGUUUGAUAUGCAGCUUGAAUGUAUUGGCUCCCUUAUCAGAUAAACAUAGAAUGUAAUUUUUCCUCAUGGAGAAAAUAGGCACAUGGCUACAACUGUUUUCACUGUUUCAAAAUAGCCUACAAUCACAUAGGUAUUACUUCCAAACAAAAUACAUUUUGGGGGGGAUUCUAAUAAGGCUACAACGUUUGGUUUAUUGUUUGAACAGUCGCUGAGAUUAUUUUUUGGUUAUCAUUGCAAAAUGGGCAGUUUAUUAUUUAAAUGUUUUUAUGCAUAGCCUAUAGAUCAGCUCAGGAACCAAGCAAGUUGGUUCAGCGUCAUUAUCUACACAACACUGCCACCACUGCAACGUAAGGAAUAAUACGUUGCGUUUCAAAAUGUGAGUAUCGCAAAUGUGCAUAGCAAGCAACGUAGGUGGGCAGGACUACGUACUACAAGGAGCCGUUCAUUUUGUGACGAAAAACAGCAUUCACUUACCGCGUUGCGCAGUGAUUGCGUUAACUGCGUAGCGUCUGCCGAGUGCUUUAACUGCUACCACAGUGUGAUGCUUGAAGUAGGUUAUCUAUCGCCAUCAAAAGGUAAUCUCAUGCAAAUAAUAGAUUGUUGCCUUUCAUACUUUCCUUUGUCCCACUCAGUAAAGAGAAGGAGAACAAGGGACAAUUGCGGAAUGCUGAUGAAAAAAGCAAUGAUGUGGAUGUGAUCCUGGUGUGGAACAGCACAUCAAAGGGUGUCAAUGUGGAAGGAGACCAGCGAGCAGGUCCACUGGUUCCAGUGGUAGAAGGUAGUAGUCUUUUAAAUUACAUUUUACAUUACCUUCUUGUGUUACAAUUGAACAUUUAAAAUUAUUGAAAUGAUGAAUUCAUUAAUAUAAGGUGAUCUUAUUCAUAUGAGGUCAGUGGUGAUAUUGUAUGCUCUGUGUUCAGCGGUGAGAGCGUCCACCAGUUUCAGGCCUGACAGUCCGGCUGCAGACUGGUACAAGGAUAUGCUGAGUGACUCUGAUGCCACCAUCCUGGGACACUCAGGGAAGAUGGUGCUGCUGUUUGAGAUUCUCGGAAUGGCAGAGGAACUGGACGACAAACUGUAAGUGUGCUUGAGAAAUGCAUUCAGGCACCAUGGAGAUAUUUAAAAAAAAUAACGAUCAAGUUUGCCAGAAGUUUACAGAGCGUCUUCGUCAAUUUCUGUUUGAAUUUUUGUUUGUAUAUUCACAGGUUGGUAUUCAGUCAAUCCUUGAUCUCAUUAGACAUGAUUGAAGAUUUCUUGGACCUCGCUAACAAAGCCAAAAACAACGGACAAUCAUCCCUAUACAAAGGUACCAUUCCCAUUGGCUGUUCAAAUAUUCAAACAUAUGUUAUAGUGUUAGAAAACAAUUGUUUUCUUCAGAGAGUCUAUAAUUGUGUUAUAAUUUAUAUGUUUCUUUUUCCAAACUGUAGGUGAUGGCAGCUGGAUCAGAAACACUGACUAUUACCGUAUUGAUGGGUCCACCAGCGCCACAUCCAGGAAGAAAUGGGCUGAAGAGUUCAAUGAUGCCACCAAUGAGCGGUACGUCUUUGUCUGACUGAUGUACUAUUCUACAUCUCAAAUUUCACUGUGCCAAACCUCAACACAGUAUUUAGCGUAACACUUUACUUAGUAUUGUAUUAUUAUUCAUGACAAGGCAUCAGUAAUUGUAGACGUAGUGUAAUUUCUUGAGAUGGUCUGUUUAAGAUUCUACUCACACUCACUCCUUUGAUUUCAUUUCUUACCCCUUUACUUUCAGAGGUCGUCUGUUUCUCAUCUCGACAAGAGCUGGGUCCCUUGGGAUUAAUCUGGUAGCAGCUAACAGGGUCAUAAUUUUUGACGCUUCAUGGAACCCCUCCUAUGACAUCCAGAGCAUCUUCAGGGUGUACCGUUUUGGACAGCUAAAGGCCGUGUUUGUCUACCGCUUCUUGGCUCAGGUAAUCACAUCUCCUAUGCACUCUAUCUCCUGUAAUAUGAUUGUGGGACACAUUUUGUGUUUAUUACAUAUACAGUAAAAUCUGAAAUUGUUGAUAAGAUUAGCCAAAAAUACUAUAAAAUAAAUACAAAUACUGAGCUAUAUUGUAUGCAAAAAAAUAAACAAAUUGGUACGAGAUUUUGUUAAACGAGUAAAAAAUUAAAAAUGGGUGUCCAAAUUAUUGGCACCCCUAACGAUUCUUAUAAAUAUAAUCAAACAAUGUGAUCUGCAUUAACAUUCUACUUUUUAAAGUUAAAGGCCAGGCACCACACCCUAAUAGGGGAUUUUCCCCCAUUAAUCAUAUCACAAUCAACUUUUACCAGUUGAAUAUAGAUACGCAUAAUACGUUUUGGUUAUUAAAAUGUUUCUGAAAUAUUGUAUCGGAAUAUGCAAAUUAGGUAAUAUUUCAUUAAAUAUUCACAUUUUACAUAUCCCGCAACAAAAAAAAUUGGUUCACUGGAUUAAGUCAGCGUAAAUAUUUAGGUAAAAUGGUCCUGAAACCUUCAUACAGACAUAAAGGGGAAACAAUAGUAUCGAUUUAAUGUACAAAAACCACCACUUUUUGAGUUACGAGGUUUGCAUCUGACAGUGCCUAUUUGCAUAUCCCGCAAAUCCAUUUUUCGGGACACUGGAUUAAGUCUGUGUAAAUAUUAGGACCGGACUUACUCAGAGCAGAUUGUGGAUAAAUACUUUUUUCAUCUUUCUAUCUGUAAAAUACUAAAGACAUAAAAUGAAUUUUGGUAUAUUUUUCGAAAGAAAAUGUAUUUUUGUUUUUAUAUAUUUAUUUUUUAUUUCAUUUAUUAUUAUUUUUUUUUGGGGGGGAAGGAUCAGCUUAAUAUUGCAGAUAGAUUGUAUCUUCUAUCAAUGUAAUUGUCUGCAUCACUUCCAAUCCCCCAUAUUUUUUUUAUUUUUUAUAUAUAUAUAUUCCCCUUUAUUACUUUUCAACCCCACCAUCCUUUCCCUACUUGGAGUAAAUUAGUGAACAACAACGCCCAGGCCUCUACUUCCGGUCCAUACUCACUAUCUACACCUUAUGGACAGAGUUAAUUUUACAAUAAUUCUAUAUCUAUAUAUAUAUAUAUAUAUAUAUACAUACAUACAUACACACACACACAUAUAUACAUAUAUAUAUAUAUAUAUAAUAUAUAUAUAGUAUAUAAUAUAAUAUAUAUAUAUAGAUGAUAAUACACAUAUAUAGAUAUACACAUAUAUAUGAUAGUAUAUAGAAUAGAUAUAUAGGAGUAUAUAUGAUAUUAAUUAUAUAUCAUCUAUAUAUAUAUAUAACAAUAUAUACUAUAAUAUAAUAUAUAUAAUAUAUAUAUUAAUAUCACAUAUAUAUUAUAUAUAUAUAUAUAUAUAUAUUACACAUAUAUACACAUAUACAUAUACACAUCUAUUUUUUUUUUUCUCCUGAACUUCUUCUACUCUCAACCUCUCGAUCAUCUUCAUGAUGUCCAUCCGGUUUGCCUCUAAAUGCCAUAUCUUUCUAACUGUGCUCCUUCCAAAAGCUCCCAACAUACAACUAUAUACUUAUUAUGGACACAGUAUGCUUACAUUAUUAGCUAUCUUUGUUAUUAUUUGUUGUUAUUUGUUAUUAGUCCCAUCCUUCAACUCUAUCAAUACCUCCCAUCUAUCUCUUAACACCAUCCAUAUAGGAUUUCUAUUUGCCAUAUAUAUUUCAACCAUACUGUGAUGUUUUACAAAAGUUCUGAACCUUUCUAUUCUCAUUGCUUCUACAGAUUGUGAAUUAAAAAUAAACAUUUUUGCUAAAAGUAUUAUUAUAUUAUUGAUUGAUUGACUAUGACUUUUCAGAUCACCCAGUAAUGCUAUCUGCAAGGUUAGUUCCAGGUAAAUAUUGCAAUCCUUUAGCAUUCCUGGACCUGUGUCCAAAAACAAGCUACAAAUGGACAGAACCAAAACAAAUGAUCUAAUGAUUCUAUCUCUUCACAGCAAAAUCUGCAGAGCUGGGAAGAUUGUAUCCCCCAUAUAAAUAACAUUCUAUUGGUAGCAAGAAUUUUAUAUAAUAAUUUAAAUUGAAAGAUUCAAAUUUUUGAAUCCGGUGUCGUUUUGCGUGUCAGUUCAUAAACACUAUGCCAUGGGAUCGGUACGUCAAAGAUCUCUUCCCAACUAUUUUGCAAUCUAUAUGGGACUGCUGUCAAUCCUUUGGUCCUUAAGUGAAACUGAUAUACUUUUUUAUUUAUCACAGUUUUCCUUAACCAAUUAUGUUCUUUAAUGCAAGGCCGACAGACAAGGUCCUUACUUUCUCCCCCUUCAACUUUCCUCUUCCACUUUUGCGGUAUGGCUGCAAUUAUUUGGUUGUAAUUUUGGGUAGAGCAGACAUUUCCAUAUGUUUUUAUUAGCUGCAUGUGCGACAUAACUCCACCAGUCCUACCGAUGAUAUCAUUUACGAAGAUUAUACCUUUUUUAAACAUUCUGUCAAUAAAUAUAGGUUUUUUGUCAAUUAGUAUAUUUGAAUUUAACCACAAUAUUUGUUGCAUUAUUUGUUCUGUCGUUUCUGGAGGAUUAAAUUGAAAUUGUAACCAACUUUCUAUGGCUUGUUUUAGAAAUAGUGACAUUUGGGAGAUUAUUUCCUUUUCAAAUAACUGAAAGUGAGAGGUUGUAAUCUGAAUAAAGGGAAAAAGGCCUUUCUUGAACAGUGGGUGAGACAAUCUUACUAAUUUGCUUGAGAACCAGUUCGGAUUUAAGUAUAACUUUUGGAUGACUGAAGAUUUUAGUGAUAGGUCUAAUGCUUUAAUAUUUAAUAAUUUCUGUCCUCCGAAUUUCAUUCGAAAGAAAAUGUUACCUAGAAUAACAAAUUGACAACAUAUCAACAAUUCCCUCUGGGAAAGUCUCGAAUAUAUCCAAGGAUAAAUCUGGUGAAUAUAGAUGCUUCUGAAGCUGAGGAAAAUGAGUCUGACUUUCGGUAAAUGGCAGUUAAAGACAAGUACACUGAAUUUAGACUACCAAACAUCUAUUUAGACCCAAUCACCAUCUCUUCAAAGUACGUUACUACAUAUGGUCCAGUUUGUUACAUUCUCUAUGAAAUUGUCUUUUAAAUUGUGUAAUUCAGUGAAGUGAGCUUUGAAAUUUUGGAUGAAGGCAAUGUCGAUUUUCAAGUGGUUAAACUAAAUGAAGUUUCUAUGACGGUAGUAUGAUAAACUACAAGAAAAUAUAAAUUUUCAUUAAGAUUUUGACAUUUGUAUGUUUUUACUUUUUGAAAAUACUAAUAUUAGUGGACCAAAAUACCAACAAAUCUAAAAAUGGAUAGGUAGAUGCAAAAUGUCAUUUCAGCCUGUGGUGCCUGGCAUUAAGGAAAUGUAUUUUGGCCUUUCAUGGCUUCCUGUUUCACUGGGGUAUAAAAAUGAGGUAACAUGCAUGUUGUUAGGUUCUGAACAAACAGAGUAAAAACUAAGCUCAAACCAAGUUUAUUCACCCACUGGGUCAUACAGCUGCAAAGACAAAGCAUGAUUACACAAGCACAUACAGUUGAAGUCGGAAGUUUACAUACACCUUAGCCAAAUACAUUUAAACUCAGUUUUUCACAAUUCCUGACAUUUAAUCCUAGUAAAAAUUUCCUGUUUUAGGUCAGUUAGGAUCACCACUUUAUUUUAAAUGUGAAAUGUCAUAAUAAUAGUAGAGAGUGAUUUAUUUCAGCUUUUAUUUCUUUCAUCACAUUCCCAGUGGGUCAGAAGUUUACAUACACUCAAUUAGUAUUUGGUAGCAUUGCCUUUAAAUUGUUUAACUUGGGUCAAACGUUUCGGGUAGCCUUCCACAAGCUUCCCACAAUAAGUUGGGUGAAUUGUGGCCCAUUCCUCCUCACAGAGCUGGUGUAACUGAGUCAGGUUUGUAAGCCUCCUUGCUCGCACACGCUUUUUCAGUUCUGCCCACACAUUUCCUAUAGGAUUGAGGUCAGGGCUUUGUGAUGGCCACUCCAAUACCUUGACUUUGUUGUCCUUAAGCCAUUUUGCCACAACAUUGGAAGUAUGCUUGGGGUUAUUGUCCAUUUGGAAGACCCAUUUGCGACCAAGCUUUAACUUCCUGACUGAUGUCUUGAGAUGUUGCUUCAAUAUAUCCACAUAAUUUUCCUUCCUCAUGAUGCCAUCUAUUUUGUGAAGUGCACCAGUCCCCCCUGCAGCAAAGCACAAUGAACAUUUUUUCUGAGGUCUUGGCUGAUUUCUUUUGAUUUUCCCAUGAUGUCAAGCAAAGAGGCACUGAGUUUGAAGCUAGGCCUUGAAAUACAUCCACAGGUACACCUUCAAUUGACUCAAAUGAUGUCAAUUAGCCUAUCAGAAGCUUCUAAAGCCAUGACAUAAUUUUCUGGAAUUUUCCAAGCUGUUUAAAGGCACAGUCAACUUAGUGUAUGUAAACUUCUGACCCACUGGAAUUGUGAUACAGUGAAGUAUAAUUGAAAUAAUCUGUCUGUAAACAAUUGUUGGAAAAAUUACUUGUCAUGCACAAAGUAGAUGUCCUAACCGACUUGCCAAAACGAUAGUUUGUUAACAAAAAAUGUAUGGAGUGGUUAAAAAACAAGUUUUAAUGACUCCAACCUAAGUGUAUGUAAACUUCCGACUUCAACUGUAUAUUUAUAACCUCCUACUAGGAAGGGUCAACUCCUUACACAUCUAGACAGCCAAUACAUCUCUGUUGCUAGGCAGGAACUUAAUUGCUUCCUCUCACUGGUGUAGUCAUGGCCCUGCCUGAUGCUAGAACCUUUGUGGGCGUGGAAGUGUACAGUGCAUUCAGAAAAUAUUCAGACCCCUUCACUUUCUCCACAUUUUGUUAUGUUAUAGCCUUAUUCUAAAAUGGAUUAAAUAGUCCCCCCCCCCCCUCAUCAAUCUACACACCAUACCCCAUAAUGACAAAGCAAAAACAGGUUUUUAGAAAAUUGCAAAGAAAAAGCCAUAUGUCAGACUGGCCAAUAAAAAGAAAAGAUGGGCAGUCUGAGAUAUGGCUUUUUCUUUGCAACUCUUCCUAGAAGGUCAGCAUCCCGGAGUCGCCACUUCACUGUUGAGGUUGAGACUGGUGUUUUGCGGGUACUAUUUAAUGAAGCUGCCAGUUGAGGAUCUGUGAGGCGCCUGUUUCUCAAACUAGACACUAAUGUAUUUGUCCUCUUGCUCAGUUGUGCACCGGGGCCUCCCACUCCUCUUUUUAUUCUGGUUAGAGCGAGUUUGCGCUGUUCUGUGAAGGGAGUAGUACACAGCGUUGUACGAGAUCUUCAGUUUCUUGGCAAUUUCUCGCAUGGAAUAGCCUUCAUUUCUCAGAACAAGAAUAGACUGACGAGUUUCAGAAGAAAGUUCUUUGUUUCUGGCCAUUUUGAGCCUGUAAUCGAACCCACAAUUGCUGAUGCUCCAGAUACUCAACUAGUCUCAAGAAGGCCAGUCUUAUUGCUUCUUUAAUCAGCACAACAGUUUUCAGCUGUGCUAACAUAAUUGUAAAAUGGUUUUCUAAUGAUCAAUUAGCCUUUUAAAAUGAUAAACUUGGAUUAGCAAACACAAUAUGCCAUUGGAACACAGGACUGAUGGUUGCUGAUAAUGGGCCUCUGUACGCCUAUGUAGAUAUUCCAUAAAAAAUCAGCCGUUUCCAGCUACAAUAGCCAUUUACAACAUUAACAAUGUCUACACUGUAUUUCUGAUCAAUUUGAUGUUAUUUUAAUGGACAAAAAAAUUGCUUUUCUUUCGAAAACAAGGACAUUUUUAAGUGACCCCAAACUUUUGAACUGUAGUGUAAGUAUUCAGACCCUUUAUUCAGUACAGUGUUGAGACACCUUUGGCAGCGAUUACAGCCUCGAGACUUCUUUGGUAUGACGCUACAAGCUUGGCACACCUGUAUUUGGGGAGUUUCUCCUGUUCUUAUUUGCCGAUCCUCUACCGCUGCACGGCUAUGUUUGAUCUGGUUCAAGUCCCGGCUCUGGCUGGGCCACUCAAGGACAUUGAGACUUGUCACGAAGCCACUCCUGCGUUGUCUUGGCUGUGUGGUUAGGGUCGUGGUCCUGUUGGAAGGUGAACCUUCGCCCCAGUCUGAGGUCCUGAGCGCUCUGGAGCAGGUUUUCAUCAAGGAUCUCUCUGCACUUUGCUCCAUUCAUCUUUCCCUCAAUCCUGGCUAGUGUCCCAGUCCCUGCCGCUGAAAAACAUCCCCACAGCAUGAUGCUGCCACCACCAUGCUUCACCGUAGGGAUGGUGCCAGGUUUCCCCCAGAUGUGACGCUUGGCAUUCAGGCCAAAAAGUUCAAUAUUGGUUUCAUCAGACCAGAGAAUGUUGUUUCUCAUGGUCUGAGAGUCUUUAGGUGCCUUUUGGCAGAUUCCAAGCGGGCUGUCAUGCUUUUUACUGAAGAAUGGCUUCCUUCUGGCCACUCUACCAUAAAGGCUGAUUGGUGCAGUGCAGCAGAGAUGGUUGUCUUUCUGGAAGGUUCUGCCAUCUCCACAGAGGAACUCUGGAGCUCUGUCAGUAAACCAUCGGGUUCUUGGUCACCUCCCUGACCAAGGCCCUUCUCCCCGAUUGCUCAGUUUGGCCGGGCGGCCAGCGCUAGGAAGAGUCUUGGUGGUUCCAAACUUCUUCCAUUUAAGAAUGAUGGAGGCCACUGUGUUCUUGGCGACCUUCAAUGCUGCAGUAAUAUUUUGGUACCCUUCCCUAGAUAUGUGCCUCGACACAAUCCUGUUUUGGAGCUCUACAGACAAUUCCUUCGACCUCAUGGCUUGGUUUUUGCUCUGACAUGCACUGUCAAUUGUGGGACCUUAUAUACAGUGGGGGAAAAAAGUAUUUAGUCAGCCACCAAUUGUGCAAGUUCUCCCACUUAAAAAGAUGAGAGAGGCCUGUAAUUUUCAUCAUAGGUACACGUCAACUAUGACAGACAAAUUGAGAUUUUUUUUCUCCAGAAAAUCACAUUGUAGGAUUUUUAAUGAAUUUAUUUGCAAAUUAUGGUGGAAAAUAAGUAUUUGGUCACCUACAAACAAGCAAGAUUUCUGGCUCUCACAGACCUGUAACUUCUUCUUUAAGAGGCUCCUCUGUCCUCCACUCGUUACCUGUAUUAAUGGCACCUGUUUGAACUUGUUAUCAGUAUAAAAGACACCUGUCCACAACCUCAAACAGUCACACUCCAAACUCCACUAUGGCCAAGACCAAAGAGCUGUCAAAGGACACCAGAAACAAAAUUGUAGACCUGCACCAGGCUGGGAAGACUGCAUCUGCAAUAGGUAAGCAGCUUGGUUUGAAGAAAUCAACUGUGGGAGCAAUUAUUAGGAAAUGGAAGACAUACAAGACCACUGAUAAUCUCCCUCGAUCUGGGGCUCCACGCAAAAUCUCACCCCGUGGGGUCAAAAUGAUCACAAGAGCGGUGAGCAAAAAUCCCAGAACCACACGGGGGGACCUAGUGAAUGACCUGCAGAGAGCUGGGACCAAAGUAACAAAGCCUACCAUCAGUAACACACUACGCCGCCAGGGACUCAAAUCCUGCAGUGCCAGACGUGUCCCCCUGCUUAAGCCAGUACAUGUCCAGGCCCAUCUGAAGUUUGCUAGAGUGCAUUUGGAUGAUCCAGAAGAGGAUUGGGAGAAUGUCAUAUGGUCAGAUGAAACCAAAAUAUAUAUUUUUGGUAAAAAGUCAACUCGUCGUGUUUGGAGGACAAAGAAUGCUGAGUUGCAUCCAAAGAACACCAUACCUACUGUGAAGCAUGGGGGUGGAAAUGCAAAGGGACCAGGACGACUGAUCCGUGUAAAGGAAAGAAUGAACGGGGCCAUGUAUCGUGAGAUUUUGAGUGAAAACCUCCUUCCAUCAGCAAGGGCAUUGAAGAUGAAACGUGGCUGGGUCUUUCAGUAUGACAAUGAUCCCAAACACACCGCCCAGGAAACGAAGGAGUGGCUUCGUAAGAAGCAUUUCAAGGUCCUGGAGUGGCCUAGCCAGUCUCCAGAUCUCAACCCCAUAGAAAAUCUUUGGAGGGAGUUGAAAGUCCGUGUUGCCCAGCGACAGCCCCAAAACAUCACUGAUCUAGAGGAGAUCUGCAUGGAGGAAUGGGCCAAAAUACCAGCAACAGUGUGUGAAAACCUUGUGAAGACUUACAGAAAACGUUUGACCUGUGUCAUUGCCAACAAAGGGUAUAUAACAAAGUAUUGAGAAACUUUUGUUAUUGACCAAAUACUUAUUUUCCACCAAAAUUUGCAAAUAAAUUCAUAAAAAAUCCUACAAUGUGAUUUUUUUGAAUUUUCUUUCUCAUUUUGUCUGUCAUAGUUGACGUGUACCUAUGAUGAAAAUUACAGGCCUCAUCUUUUUAAGUUGGAGAACUUGCACAAUUGGUGGCUGACUAAAUACUUUUUUCCCCCACUGUAGACAGGUGUGUGCCUUUCCAAAUCAUGUCCAUUCAAUUGAAUUUACCACAGGUGGACUCUAAUCAAGUUGUAGAAACAUCUCAAGGAUGAUCAAUGGGAACAGGAUGCACCUGAGCUCAAUUUCGAGUCUCAUAGCAAAGGGUCUGAAUACUUAUGUAAAUAAGGUAUUUCUGUUUAGUUGUUUAUAUCAAUUUGCAAACAUUUCAAAAAACCUGUUUUCGCUUUGUCAUUAUGGGGUAUUGUGUGUAAAUUGAUGAGGUGGAAAAAAUAAUUUCAUCUAUUUUAGAAUAAGACUAACAUAACAAAAUGUGGAAAAGCUGUCCUGCCCUAUCAAGAACUGACUAUUGCCCUUUGCCUCCCUCUUUACAACAUGGAACAGAAUUUGAACUUUCUGCACUUCCCCUUGUCUCACUCAGGAACUUUCUAUACACCAAGUUCCUAUUCACCCUUCAUUGACACCAACCUAUACAUUCCUUAUACAUGUAAAGUAAUCAAUAAGUUCUAGUAUGGUAACAUGAAUAAGUAUAUUUCAAGCUAGAAUCCAACAAUGUAAAAUCCAUUUGUCAUCCAUCAGCAUGGGGAAUGGCAAAUGAAAAGAGACAAAUGGUUGUUGAUUUUUUAGUAAAAACCAAAUAUACCACUUUUCACUCACUAUUAGGGCAACAAUUAAGAAGUUUAACGCCACUGGUACAGUGGUAAACUUUCCUGGUAGAGGACCCAAGUGUAUCUUGUCCCCACGCACAGUGAGGAAGAUGGUUCAGGAGACACAGAAAAGUCGAAGGGCCACAGUUGGAGAUCUGAGAACUUGGUUGCAUCUUGGGGUCACCAUGUCUCCAAAUCUACAAUUACACGCCACCUCCAUGUCAAUAGGCUAUUUGGAAGGGUUGUCAUAAAAAAGCCUUUAUUGAGAGUAACCAACAAAUGUUAACGCUCAGAGUUUGCUAAACGGCCUUGUUGUAUUGGAACCAGGUGCUAUGGUCAGAUGAGACGAAAAUAGAGCUCAUACAUACUGUAAAAUAUGGGGGUGGAUCUUUGAUCUUAUGGGGCUGUUUUGUUUCCACUGGUCCUGAGGCACUUGUUAUGGCGCCCGCAUGCUCCCCAGACGAAACAGUUUGUGCAUAUAUUAUGACAACAUUUUGUGACGUUUUUGUUCGUCUUGGACUUCGGCAAGUGUUCUUUCGAGCACAAAUUUUUUUCUCGAGGCAAGCCAAAGUCGGUAGCCGAAGUCUACGCCCCCUCGUCAGCGUUUGGUCAACAGUAGGUAUUCUUCAAUUAAGUGCCUGUUGUCAUUCGACGAGAGACGACUCAUUUUUUCACUUGAGAAAUAUUGCACCAAACAUCCUAGUCAGAUGCGAAAUUGUGAUUUCUUGAGAUAGAUUAAUUCUGACUAUUUUGUAAAGUGUAUACUGGCUACGGCAUCUCAAAAUGGACAAACAGUACUAUUGCCGCUUUUUUCUCAUUUUUCAAGCGAAGGUCUUUUAAGGGAGUAUGUGACCACACUUGUUUGGUUCAGCUAGCUGAGGUCGGCUAAGCGCCAGCCGAACUGAAGCAUGCUGAUGCCUUUAAGGUCCACGGCAUCAUGAACUCUACCAAGUAUCAGGACAUUUUAGCCAAAAACCUGGUUACCUCUGCCAGGAAGCUGACACUUGGCCGCAAGUGGAUCUUCCAGAAAGACAAUGACUCCAAGCACACAUCAAAAUCCAUAAAGAAAUGGUUAAUUGAAAAAUCAACAUUUUGCAUUGGCCAUCUCAAACCUGUGGUUUGAAUUGAAGAGGGCAGUCCAUAAGCGCAGACCGAAGGAUAUCAAGUAUCUGGAAAGAUUAUGUAUGGAGGAAUGGUCUAAGACUCCUCCCAAUGUGUUCUUCAAUCUCAUAAAACAUUACAGAAAAAGGUUAAGUGCUGUUAUCCUCACAAUGGGAGGGUGCACAAAGUAUUGAAAACAGGGGUGCCAAUAAUGUUGACACAGAUUUUUUUUUAAAUUACUUAAUUAUUUUUCUCAGAGCAAUUGUAUUAGUACAAUAUAGCUCAGUAUUUGUAUAAUUUAUUUUAGUAUUUUUUGCUCAUCUUUAUCAUGGGUGACAAUUUUGGAUGUAUCUAAUUCUGUAAUCACUGAUAUUAAAUUGUUGAUUAUUUCCAGGGCACCAUGGAGGAGAAGAUCUACGACAGGCAGGUGGCCAAGCAGUCUCUGUCGUUCCGGGUGGUGGACCAGCAGCAGAUACAGAGACACUUCACUCUGUUUGAACUGACGGAGCUUUACAUGUUUGAGCCAGACCUGCUGGAUGA